CAUGCAGAUGCUCUGAGUUCAUUUGUUUCUAGAGGCUGCAUCUGCAAAGCGGUGUGUAGCUGUUGGGGCUAAGGCUGUCUGGUCCUGAGUUUUCACUCUUCUAACCCAGGAAAUGGCAUAGUGUAACUGCAAUAGGAAACUGGCGAGCAGAGCAGUAAGCCUGGCUAAGUGACUCACCAAAACUUGUUAAACUGUGGGAAGGGGGUGGGGAGUUCAACCAGAUGGACGAUGCAAUGACCACAAAUCUGCACAUGGCUUCAUGUGCGUGCUGGACUGACCCCUGAUGUGGCUGUGCGCGGGUGAGAAGGGCUGAUGGGCUUUCUGUAGCUCGUUAAGAAGAUGCUGCAUUUGGUAGUCCUUACUGCAUUCUCCGCGUUGAACAUUCUAAGCCAUGGGACCAUGUCCUGGGACACUGCACACCCCACUUUUGAAGAGCAGCAAACGCUAGAGCAAGGCUUGGAUAAGCAGGUCCUGCAGGGGGAAAAUGGUCGCCAGCCUCAUAUCAUUUUCAUACUGGCUGAUGACCAGGGUUACAGAGACAUCGGGUACCAUGGAUCAGAAAUUAAAACUCCUACAUUGGAUAAGUUGGCGUCGGAAGGAGUCAAACUGGAAAACUACUAUGUACAACCAAUAUGUUCUCCAUCCAGGAGCCAGUUUAUUACUGGGAAGUAAGUAUGAUCUAUAUAUUUAAAUAUGUACCUAUUUCACAAUUGCGCCCUGAAACUGAACAAACUGUGGCUUAUGUAUGCUAAGAGUAAUUUGCAGCAAUGUUCUAAGUGAAGCUAUCACCAUGGAAACCAAUGGAAUGUUCAUGCUUAUUGCUCCACUUUUAGAACUUUGCUCCAAAAUAAGUCUUUAUACAUAUAUAUCCCAAUGGACUCAGGUAAAAAGCUGUACAUAUUUGCCUAUACUAUAAUAUAAUCCUAUUUAUUCCAUGGCAUUAAUGUACUAUUUUACCCAUGUUCACAUGGUUUUCCUGCGUUAUUUGUGGCUUUUACUAUGAUUUUAUUUUCCAGCCUGCGGUUGUCAUAAUUAGUCUUAACUAUCAAUCUACAGUACAGAAAAAUACUGAACAUUUACAAUUGUUUUAAAAACAACGUUGUUUGCAGAUCUUUCUUUUCCCAGCAUUUGAAUUCCCUGUUAAAAAAAAAAAAAAAAAAUCUGGAAAGCUAAGCAGAACAUCAUGAUUCACCACUGGAUCCCUGCACUUCUAAAAGGGAAAUAAUCAGUGGCUAUAUUAUACAUGAUGAUCUCAUUAGCUUUAGGUAACCGAGUGUGCAGUAAAUUGCACUCAAUGUCUAACAAUCUGCAGAAAUGUCUAGAGUACUUAUAACUGAACUUUAUAUUAACUUCAUUUUAACAGAUUUCAGAGACAUCAUUCCAUAUACUGAAGGCAAUAAUAAUUGGAAGGAUCUAAAAAUAUAAUUUCUCUCUCUGCCAGAAAAAUCCAAAAACAGAAAAAACUUUCAAAUAGUUAAAAAGCAACUGGGAGCAGGGGGCAUUUUUGGAAAGGAAUAAGUUGGGGAAUGUGAAUAUAACUUAUACAGUACUAGAAUGACUUUAUACAUCAGAUUAAUUUGCAUACAUUUAUUAUAGUGUGUUUAACAAAAUAUAUUUAAAAUAUAUUCAACAAGACAUACCUCUAUUAUAAAUUUGGUGAAGAAAUUGUUCUUAAACUCUAUUCUGUUAUGAUACAAUAAAUAUCUUUCCAUCAAGAUGUCUCAUUAUUUAUGAUGGAAAUAUUUUUUUUGAAGGGUUUAUUGAGUAAGCAGUGAUUUAUGCUUUCGCAACAAAUGCAUACACUUUUGUUUAAAAUACUUAAGUUGAUGCUUUUCCCAAAUCACCUAUUUUAGUAUAAUCACUUGUCAACUAACCAUAUGUAACUGUUUAUUGAAUAAACUCCAUCAUUUUGUCUAAGUUCCCAGAUAAAAAUUGCAGGGCACCUGUGAGUACACUUUAAAUAGUAUUUUCACUUAAAUAAACAUUCCUUUAUCAUUUAAAGAAACAUUAUUUUUACUUUAAGAAACAAUACUUUAUAGCUGCAUAGCAAGACAGCCUUUAUAGAAUGAGAAAGUUACAGAAAUUUGAUACUGUACCCCUUAGUUUUUUUUUUUUCUUCUUUUAUACCUUCUGAAACAGGUCUAUAGUUUAUUAGAGAAAAAUAUUAUCCAUGUCAUUCAUUUUUUGUAGGUUCAUAGUGAUGAUUUUUUCUACAAUAGUUAUAUGAUUACUUAUUGUCUAAAUAUUAUAUAUUUCGUUUUCGCUGUAGACUGAUUUUUAAAAAGCCGCGCUUGUCAACUAAUAUUUGGAGGAAAAUCUGUUGACACAAUUACUCACUUUACUCAUUUGAAGUCAGCCACUUCAAGCUUGCAAUAUACUAUUCACUAAUAACAUGAGACAACUUGAAAAUUAAACAUCUGAAAACAGAUUAGUUGCCUUUGAGAGCCCUCUUUAUGCCAAACUCAUACAGCCAUACAGAUCCAAUGUUAACAUGUGUUAAUGUGGAGAAUCAGCACAAAAAGAGCUGAUGGCAAAAAAAGUUCUGCUUCUAGGGGUUCUGCUAACAGAAAAUGUUGACCACAUCAUGUGAGACUGCAUUAAACUCUAUAUAUCAUAGCAACGUAUGCUCAUUGUAUUAUUUACAUUGCAUGAAUUUCCCCUGUCAUUUUUUCCCCCUCAGCAGCGAAUAGCAAAAAUUACUGUGGAUUUAAAAAUUGCCCCUUCCCACUUUGAGAUAAAUUCAUGCUGCAGUGGUAUGUUUGUUAUCAGCAUAUUUAGCAGUUCUACUCAUGAUGAGUGGAACUUUGACUGGCAACUGAAAUGUAUAUCCAUUAAAGGGACACUCCAGGCACCCAAACCACUUCUGCCCAUUGGAGUGGUCUGGGUGCCAACUCCCAUCACCCUUAACCCUAUAAGCUUAAUUAUUGUAGUUUUUAUAAACUGCAAUAAUUACCUUGCAGGGUUAAGUCCUUGAAUAAUGCUUUCCCAUGGGGAGGUCUAAUGCGUGCGUGUGUGGCCAAAUGCGCACUAGGUCUCCCCCGCCGGCUGACGUCGGUGGGGGAGGAGCCUGACCCAGCACCGAGGGGCAUCGGCGCUGCAUUCAGGUAAGUCACUGAAGGGGUUCUAACCCCUUCAGCAACAUGGUAUGAGGGUGGGAGGGAGGGGGGCACUGCAGGAUCCUGCAGUGCCAGGAAAAUCGGUUUGUUUUCCUGGCACUGGAGAGUCCCUUUAAAUGCUUGCUUGGCAGGCGUUUAUGGAGAAGAUAUAUGCAACCAAAAAAAUGGGGCACAAAUUGCACUCACAAGAUGUUUAGAUAUCUCAGCGUAUCAACAGUUCCUCCCCUGAAGUAUGGGGGGCUAGCAUCCACUGCCCCUACAAAUUCAUUUCACCAAUGAUGGUCAUGGACUCCAGUAGUGUAUGGUAAAAAGUAUAUUUAAUUAAAUAUAAAUAUACAAUAGAAUGGUUCUACACAUAUCCCCCUGAAUCCUACUUCCUCAGAACCUUAAUAAAAUCACAUUUAACCAGCACUAAUUAGAAAAGCACCAUAAUCCCACAGCUCCCCGAGUCCCUCUUAAAUUUCAUCAUAUCUUCUCUUUUUAGUGUAACUGGAGGUGUGUGCUUCUUAGCACACACCUUAUUAGCUGUGCUUAAUCUGCGUCUUAGUUCUUCCAGUCGCCGGUCAUCAAGAUCGCCAUGCGAAACAAAUAUACACAUAUGUAUAUAGCUAUUGUGUUAUAAUAACUAUUAGCACAAUAUGUAAAAUAUUGUAAAUGUAUAUAAAAAAAUGUGUAUAUAUAAAAAAAAAAUAUUCAGUGCCUUUGCUAUCUUUUUGUAUCCUGUUCCUUGUUUGUUAAGAUAUUCUCUUAACUUUGUGAACUUUUGACUUAGUCAUAUUUCUAACAUUCAGUCAAAUGUGACAUUCAGCAAUCCCUUAGCCAGUUCAGGUAUUUCAAGUGUUUCAGCUCAAGCACACCUGGUGCAACUAAUGAAGCCCUUGAUUAGUUGCAUCAGGUGUGCUUGAGACAACACCUGUUUUGCAUAAUUGUGCUGUUGUGAUGAAUUCUAUUCAGGAGAAAUUUUGAGGCUAGAGAAGUAAUUAUAAGUUGCAUUUUCAGUUGAAUUUGGGGAAACAAGUUAAGGAAUUUGUUGUGUACAGCUAUUUGAAUUAAUUUUGUUUGAUAUGUUCCUUGCAAACAGCUGAAAGUCUGUAACUUCUGACAAUAAACCCGAUAUUUAAUGGGGGUUUAAUAAUUUUGAUUACAACUGUACGUACAGUGCUAUGUGUUUAACUGGGAGUAUGUAGCUGUGUAUGUAAUGUAUAUCUAGUUGAAAAGAUCUACUCAAUGUGUAAAUAAAUAAAUGUAAUAGGUGGGUAUAGGCUACAUGGGGAUGAAAGAGUGUCUGUGUUUAGAAGGGGCAAGAGAAAAAAAAAUAGUAUAUGUGUUUCCACAUCAAUGAUCAACAUAUUCAAUCAUAAUUUAAUGUUAGUAUAUCAUAUAUGGGACCCAUAAACUUAAAAAUCCCUCUGCUCUAAUCAAUUGAACAAGCCAAAUCUAGAUCCACAUUUAAUACUCUCGGUUCAAGUGUGCCAUAUUUGUAUAUUCCAUUGGUUUAUUUUUGGGCUUUAUUUUUUUAAUCUGUCUCCUCCUCUCCAGUGUGGUUUGACAUGGUCCUACCUAAUACCUAAUACAUAUAAAUCUUGCCAAUUAAAGGCAGGACAGCUGUUACAAUGGAUUGGAACCAGCUGUUUUUGAAAUUUAUUUCUGAUAUUAUUACAAUGUUCCAAAAUUCUCUUGUUACAUUUUUAAGAACAGACCCCAUAAACAAGAAUGAGAGUCUCCUGAUUGGUUGAGACUCUUCCUUGUCUUGGAGGGGACGGUCCAUUGCAGCAGCUUGCCACUACAAGAGCAGCUAAUUAACUUAUCUGUAUAUUGCAUUACAAAAAGUGGCAUAAUUGUCAGUCUAAAUAUAAUAACGUAUCAUUUUGCUUUUGGGGUAUGGAUUAAGUAAUUUAUCACAGUCCACCCAGACCUCUAUUAACCAAGGGAAAGUGUGUUUGCCUGUGAGUGUAUGUGUGUGUGUCUGUUAGUGUGUGUCAGUUAGCUAGUGUAUGCGUAUCUGUCAGUGAAUGUGUGUGUGUGUAUUUAGAAGGCGGGGCGGGGGGAAGGGUUGGGUGGGAGUGGCCUGGUGAGGUGGCGCCUGAGUUUUGUCCUGCCUAGGGCAGCACAAAACCAGGAUACACCACUGAUUGUACUAUUAACUUAUUUUCUGCGCCCUGUGCUAGGGCAUCCCUGAGGGCCAUUGGCCAACACAGUUGCUGUUGAAUAUGGCAUGCUUGCACAACCCCUUCGAGGCCAUACAAAAUCAACAUUGACACACAUAUUUGGUAUGUCCCUUACUGUGUCGUUGCCGCCGUGUCCAACUCCAAGGUAUGUAUUAUAAAUAACAAAGUGCAAAUUGUUUGAAACUCUGACUAUUUGGGAAUGGAGCCCCAUAUAAUUGCAAUACACAAAGUACAUAUAGUUCUUAAAUAAAAAACAGCUGUGCAAUGUCCCACUUUUCCAAAAAAAGGUUCUCAACAUGUCAUUAAAUGUUGCAUGAUUUGUCACUAAACUCAGGUUAUUCAGCCUAUAGAAGAACACUUCAGCAACCAUAUGUGAAAAUGUCCCAUGAUGAUUAAUGGAAACACUAAUUAAAUGUGUCCAGCCAUGCUUUUUUUUUUUUUCAUCUGCUUAUUAGACAGUUAACUGUUUUCACUAAUCCACUUCAUAUUCAAGCAGGGAUGGGCUAAUUAACGAUAUCCUACUGAAUUGAGUCUACUUAUUUUUUUAUAUUAUUAUGGCAAGAACCAUUUACUUGGAUUGUAAAUAAUACAAUGUAGUUUUCUGUCAUUACUUACAAACAACCAUAUCUCCAAUGAAUAAAAAAAUUUAAGGCUCAAGUACAAUUUGUUUUAGGCAAACACUGGGAUGUUUUCGGAGCCAUUUGUAACUGACUAAAAUAGAUCUUCAAGCCUGUGUGGAAGCACACCAAAAAUGUUUCAUAAUACACUGUGUGAGGACUGGAAAGAUACAACUUGUGUGGCCUGGACAUUUUGGCACCUGUUAUGCUGUUUGUCAAAAUUCUGAUUACACAGAUCACAGUGAUGUCAUUUACAUGAACAAUGUACGCUCAAUGUUUUGUGUGUGCAUUUUUUUUUAAUAACAUUUAUAAAUGCUUUUUUUUUUUCCUGAUCAUUCAUAAAGUUAAUCAACUGUAUGCUUUUCCCUGAUAACAUUUAAUUUCACACAUGUGAGAUUCAUGUUUAACAAAAUAGAUUUGGCUUCAAUUGGAGAGGUUGCUCUAUUUAGUUAACUAAUCAUUACAGAAUUGAUGACAAUAGAAUUUAGGAAUAUUCGUAAUUUGUGCAUUUACUAUAAACUGCUCAGUAAAAUUUUGCUGGACAUUCAGGGGUCUAUUUGCUAAAUGCCAACCAAAUGUUUUAAAAUUGUCACACGUUUGUGAAAACCUCCAUAUAAUCUGGUUUAUUCAAAUUUCACAAACAGCCAAAUUGCAACUACUUUUCUUAUACAGGGAGUGCAGAAUUAUUAGGCAAGUUGUAUUUUUGAGGAUUAAUUUUAUUAUUGAACAACAACCAUGUUCUCAAUGAACCCAAAAAACUCAUUAAUAUCAAAGCUGAAUAUUUUUGGAAGUAGUUUUUAGUUUGUUUUUAGUUUUAGCUAUGUUAGGGGGAUAUCUGUGUGUGCAGGUGACUAUUACUGUGCAUAAUUAUUAGGCAACUUAACAAAAAACAAAUAUAUACCCAUUUCAAUUAUUUAUUAUUACCAGUGAAACCAAUAUAACAUCUCAACAUUCACAAAUAUACAUUUCUGACAUUCAAAAACAAAACAAAAACAAAUCAGUGACCAAUAUAGCCACCUUUCUUUGCAAGGACACUCAAAAGCCUGCCAUCCAUGGAUUCUGUCAGUGUUUUGAUCUGUUCACCAUCAACAUUGCGUGCAGCAGCAACCACAGCCUCCCAGACACUGUUCAGAGAGGUGUACUGUUUUCCCUCCUUGUAAAUCUCACAUUUGAUGAUGGACCACAGGUUCUCAAUGGGGUUCAGAUCAGGUGAACAAGGAGGCCAUGUCAUUAGAUUUCCUUCUUUUAUACCCUUUCUUGCCAGCCACGCUGUGGAGUACUUGGACGCGUGUGAUGGAGCAUUGUCCUGCAUGAAAAUCAUGUUUUUCUUGAAGGAUGCAGACUUCUUCCUGUACCACUGCUUGAAGAAGGUGUCUUCCAGGAACUGGCAGUAGGACUGGGAGUUGAGCUUGACUCCAUCCUCAACCCGAAAAGGCCCCACAAGCUCAUCUUUGAUGAUACCAGCCCAAACCAGUACUCCACCUCCACCUUGCUGGCGUCUGAGUCGGACUGGAGCUCUCUGCCCUUUACCAAUCCAGCCACGGGCCCAUCCAUCUGGCCCAUCAAGACUCACUCUCAUUUCAUCAGUCCAUAAAACCUUAGAAAAAUCAGUCUUGAGAUAUUUCUUGGCCCAGUCUUGACGUUUCAGCUUGUGUGUCUUGUUCAGUGGUGGUCGUCUUUCAGCCUUUCUUACCUUGGCCAUGUCUCUGAGUAUUGCACACCUUGUGCUUUUGGGCACUCCAGUGAUGUUGCAGCUCUGAAAUAUGGCCAAACUGGUGGCAAGUGGCAUCGUGGCAGCUGCACGCUUGACUUUUCUCAGUUCAUGGGCAGUUAUUUUGCGCCUUGGUUUUUCCACACGCUUCUUGCGACCCUGUUGACUAUUUUGAAUGAAACGCUUGAUUGUUCGAUGAUCACGCUUCAGAAGCUUUGCAAUUUUAAGAGUGCUGCAUCCCUCUGCAAGAUAUCUCACUAUUUUUGACUUUUCUGAGCCUGUCAAGUCCUUCUUUUGACCCAUUUUGCCAAAGGAAAGGAAGUUGCCUAAUAAUUAUGCACACCUGAUAUAGGGUGUUGAUGUCAUUAGACCACACCUCUUCUCAUUACAGAGAUGCACAUCACCUAAUAUGCUUAAUUGGUAGUAGGCUUUCGAGCCUAUACAGCUUGGAGUAAGACAACAUGCAUAAAGAGGAUGAUGUGGUCAAAAUACUCAUUUGCCUAAUAAUUCUGCACUCCCUGUAAUUAAAGGUAUCUACUCAACUUAAUUCAACCAAUCCGCCCCCCGUUAAAACACUGUAACAAUGCCCAAAAUCUAAAUUCCCCUGAGACCCUACUCUUCUCUUAAUGGCAUUUUUUAUAACAUGGACAUAUGGCUGCAGACUGUUUGCAAUUCAGUUGAACUAUUCUAAAAUAAAUAUCCAUGUAGCAAUGAGAUCCAUGUGAAACUAGCAGAGAUCCAUUCGGCUUAGUUCAGCUAGCAUUCGUUUGUUAGUAAUAGUAAAUAUGGUGAACCACGGGGGAUUUUUAACAUCUGAGUGCAGGAAAAUUGAGCCAAAUGAAAUCAGCCAAAUUCGCUGUUUAUUUAAUAGACCCUCAUCAGUGUUACCGUAUUACAUACCAGUCAUCCGCUACUCUAUAACACAGUGUUCCUUCUUCAAACACUUGAGGAUGAUGAAAAGUUUAAAAACCAUAUUUAUUUAUUUAUUUAUUUAAUGGAAGCCCCAAAUAAAGUCUGAUUUAACUCCAAUAAUUGUUUAGUGUGAAUACAAAGCAUAACACAUAUUAAUGCAUGUACCAUUGCACCCAACAUUUUCAAUGGACAGUGACAAUGACACUUUAAGUUUUAGGGGUGUAAGUGGGAAUGUGGCCAUGGGUUGAAUAUUUUUUUUUUCAACUGAUACUGAAAGAAAAUACAUUGCAACUUUAUGAGGUUGAUUCAAAACAUGCACUUGAAUCCAUCUGGAAGCUAUACUCUCCAUUAUUAGCUGACAACUCCGAAACAAAACUGUCCUAGAAUGUAUGGUUAUCUGACCAAACAAAUUCUUUGUCAAUUCUGCUAGUUAAUGCUGGUUGUUACAUGCAGUAACGGACACAUCUAUUGAAGCUCAUAGAAUAUAAACUGUUACCACAACAUUGCCAUACAGAGCACUAAACAAACCUUAUUGAACUUUACUAAGGUUUAACUUGACAUGAUUUAUAUUAAAUUCAUAUAUUUGCAGGCCCCAUAACCUAUCCAUAACAUAUUAUUGAUUUCCUAAACAUAGCAUGGUAGCUAUUAACAGACAACAAACUUGGGCAUGGCUAUUAAAACCCAAAUGGGUAUCGGUUGGAAAAAAACACACGUUAAAGAAACCAUCUUGAAGCGUUAAUAUGAACGUUAAUAUGAACUUGACCAGGGUGUAUUCUUAUUGUCUCCAGUAUAAAUCUCCAAUAUACCAUGCAAACUGAAAUGAGGGAGAGAUGGUACAAUUGAAUAUUUAUUGUAGGAAAUGCACUUGCGAACAAUCAUUUAACAUCACUUAUCACAUAUGAAGUGCCAAGGCAGGUAUACCGAAAUACACAAAUCUAAGGCAUUGAAUGUCCUAUAGUCAGGAAAGAGAACAUACUAUAUAUAUAUAUUCAUGGGGAAAACAAUGUACACCCUCUUUGAAUUUGACUUUGGUAUACAAAGGGUUCAUCGUCGACUCAAAGACAGCAAGAUUCCCAGGUCCUGCAAAGCCAUGUGGCUGCAAAACAAGUUCAAAUCAUCACCCCUCCACCAUUGUCCUUGGCAGUUGGUAUGAGGUGUUUCUGCUGAUAUGCUGUGUUUGUUUCACCAAAUGUGGCGCUGUGCAUUGUGGCCAAACAUCUCCACUUUGGUCUCGUCUGUCUGACAUUAUUCUAGAAGUCUUGUGGUUUGUUUAAAUGCUACUUUGCAAACCUAAGCCGUGCUGCCAUGUUCGUUUUCAGAGAGAAGAGAGCUUCUCCUCACAGCCCUUCCAAACAAACCAUGCUUGUUCAGUCUUUUUCUAAUUAUACUGUCAUGAACUUUAAUAUUUAACAUGCUAACUGAAGCCUGUAGAUUCUGAGAUUGUAGAGGUUAACACAGUGAGGGAGUUUAAGCAUGCAUGGGAUAGGCAUAAGUCUAUCCUAGACUUAAAGGACCACUAUAGUGCCUGGAAAACAUACUCAUUUUCCUGGCACUAUAGUGCCCUGAGGGUGCCCCCACCCGCCCGGCUCUGGGGAGAGAAAAGGGGUUAAACUUACCUUUUUCCAGCGCCGGGCGGGGUGAUCUCCUCCUCCGAUCCUCCUCCUCUCCUUCCAUUCGGCUGAAUGCGCACGCACGGCAAGAGCUGCGCGCGCAUUCAGCUGGUCUCAUAGGAAAGCAUUCAUAAUGCUUUCCUAUGGACGCUUGCGUGUUCUCACUGUGAUUUUCACAGUGAGAAUCACGCAAGCGCCUCUAGCGGCUGUCAAUGAGACAGCCACUAGAGGAUUUGGAGGAUGGAUUAACCCAUUUAUAAACAUAGCAGUUUCUGUGAAACUGCUAUGUUUAUAAAUGGGUUAAUCCAUCCUCCAAAUCCUCUAGUGGCUGUCUCAUUGACAGCCGCUAGAGGCGCUUGCGUGAUUCUCACUAUGAAAAUCACAGUUUAUAAAAAAAAUGGGUUAAUCCUAGAGGGACCUGGCACCCAGACCACUUCAUUAAGUGGUCUGGGUGCCUAGAGUGGUCCUUUAAGUUAAGGCCAGGGACUAAUUAAAGUAUUUUGAAAAUUGGGCAGACUAGAUGGGCCGAAUGGUUCUUAUCUGCCAUUCUAUGUAACUCUUGGUUUUUUUUUUGCAAUUCCUCUGAGCAUUGCAUUGUCUGACCUUGCAGUAAAUAUGCUUUAACAACCACCACUGGAAUGAUUGGCAACUGGUUUGACUGUUUUCCACUUUUGAAUAACCUUUCUCACUGUAGAAUGACUUUAAAUUGUUUGGAAAUGGCCUUAGAACCUUCCCAGAUUGAUGGGUACCAACAAUUUCUAAGAUCACACUGGCUGUUUUUCCUCCUUGGCAUCGUGUUUACACACAUCUGAAUGCUCCAAACUGCUAAAACUUUAUCUUUUAUAGAGGUGGUCACAGUUGCUGAGGAGCAAUUAAUCAAGAGCAUUUGAUUAGCAACACGUGUCUGCUACUUAGCCUCUUAAUUCUUAUGGAAGCAGUAAGGGUGUGCUUCAUUUUUUACACAGGCGUUCUCCAUUUUGGCUUUAUUAUUCUUAAAUCAAUCAUGACACAGUGUAAUAUGUCAUGUGCUGUUGUUCAUCUGAGGUUGUAUUUAGUUAUUUUAAGACGUGCUAAGGAACAGAAGAUUGUUAUGUCCUGAUAUUUAAAACCAUAGACUUCAAAGAGGGUUCACCUUUUUUUCCCUGACAGUAUAUAUAAAACAGGCACAAAAUGAAAACCAUGUGCAUAAUAUCGUGAAGGUCCACUCAUACUGCCAAACCAGCUCUUUUACGUUGAGUCAUUGACUCCACAAGACCUCUGAAUGUGUCCUGCAGUAUCUGGCACCCAUACAUUAGCAACAGAUCCUUUAAGUCCUACAAGUUGCGAAGUCGAACCUCCAUAGGUUAGAUUUAUUUUUCCAGCACAUCCCACAGAUUUUCAACCAGAUUGAGAUCUAGGAAUUUGGAAUCCAAGGCAACACCUUGAAGUCUUUGUCAUGUUCCUGAAACCAUUGCUCAAAAUUUUUGUAGUAUGACAGGGUGCAUUAUAUUGAUGAAAGAGGCCACUACCAUUGCCAUGAAGGGAUAUACAUGGUCUUCAACAAUCUCUAAAUAAAUGGUACGUAUCAAAGUAACACCUACAUGAAUACCAGGACCAAGGUCUCCCAGGAGAACAUUGCCCAGAGCAGUGGUCCCCAACACAGUCCUUAUGGACCACCAAGAGUCCAGAUUUUGUUAGUAUCUCCAUUUAAAUAAAAAAGGGAAAUACAUACAUCCUAGACUAUUGUUGGGCCUUGAGGACUGGAUUGGGGACCACUGGCCCAGAGCAAAACACUGCCUCCGCGGGCCUGCUUUCUUCCCAUUGUGCAUCUUGCUGCCAUCUCUUUCCCAGGUAAUAGACACAUGUGCACCCGGCCAUCCACCUAAUCUAAAAUAAAACUUUAUUCAUCAGACCAGGCAACCUUCUUCCAUUGCUCUAUUGUCCAGUUCUGAUGCUCACGUCCUCAUUGUAGGCAUUUACGGCAGUUGACAGUUGUCAUCAUGGGCACUCUGAACGGUAUGAAGCUAUGCAUCUACAACACAUAAAAUUCAAGAACUGACUGUUCACUUGAUGCCUAAUAUAUCCCACCCUUGACAGGUGCCAUUAUUAUUCACUUCACCACCUCAGUAGUUUUAAUGUUGUGGGCUGAUCAGUGUUUAUGUUUCUUUUUUUAAUGUAUUUUUCCAGUGCUAUGGAUUGAUUUUACUAUGCCAUCAAUAAAGGAGGAGUUUUGUUUUUUAAAUUUUGGUAGAAUUGUAUUUUUGAAUGCUUCGUUAAGCACCUAUCGCAGGGCUAUUUGUUUGUUGGCCCUGUCCACAUAUGUUCCAUGAAAGUUCUUUUUGAAGGUGGCACUUGGCAAUUGGGUCAGCUGCACGUGUAUGUGGCAAUAUGCCAAAUUCCCACAAUCUGCAUAUUUGUACAUAUUUAUUUUAUAAAUGAAUUACUGCCUGAUAAAUAGGUUUAUUCACUAAACACAGGAUUUUGUUUAUCUGGACAAAUGACUGAAUUUCAACUGUAAUAGCAAUUAUCAUAUAUACUAAAGCCAAAUACUGUCGGAAUUUAAUCACAACCGAGCACCUCAACAGCAAUCGCCUGGAUAAAAUCAGUGCUUCCUCAUCUGAACCAUGUACAAAGUAUAGGAUGCAGAAGAUUCACAAACACAAAGGAUAUGAGAUUUCUGAGAACGGACAAAAGCUUUCGGAAUCUCAGUAGCUUGCCCUUCGGUAAAUCCACGCUCAGGUCUCAAAAUGUUUGUUUUUUAUCAUAAGAUUCACAAAGCAUCAAUAUAAAAAAAAAAUCAAAACUGAAUGCAUCCAGGAGGCUGCAGAUUUGCUAAUUAUUAUUCAUUAGCUUCUUUAUAAGUAAAUUAAUUAUUUUAAGUACUAUUUGCUCGCUGGCAGUGCUAGUAGCCUCUGGGCAAAUAGUUAAAAACCCUCAGUGAUGCAAAGGUUAAUUAUGUGGCAACUGGCCAGUGCUUGCUAGUCAUCCACUACAUAAAAUUUUUUAAAAUACAUAAAUACUAUAAGUGAGGUAUAAAAUCUCCAUAUACACCCACCUACCAUGUGGUGGGGGUGUAUCUGUUAAAUGUUUUAAACUACUGACUGGGCAGCCAUUCCUGCUAACUCAUUAGAAAGUUGUGGAGAGGCCUGUUAAAUGGUACAGGAGGACCCCUAUAUCCCGACUUGUGGGCAUUGGGUGGGGACUUCAAAAUAAAUAAUGGAGAGCAGAUGGGGGCUAUUUAAUAAAAUAAAAGGGGGGAAAUCCUAAUGUUCCCCCUGCACUCAUCUGUUAUCAGCAGGUGGGGCUAUUAUAUUAUAUAGGGGAGAGCCAAGUGUCCCCCAAAACCCAAGGGCGAUAUGUGGGGCCUUAAUUAGAACAGUCAAGGUCAUGUCUAUAUCAAAGAUGUUUAACUUCCAUUUAUAUGAAUACUUUGAAAGUGUAAAUCAGUCAGUGAGUCAUAGUUACAAUAUAGUUACAUAGUUACAUAGCUGAAAAGAGACUUACGUCCAUCAAGUUCAGCCUUCCUCACAUAUGUUGUUGCUGUUGAUCCAAAAGAAGGCAAAAAACCCAGUCUGAAGCGCUUCCAAUUUUGCCACAAACUAGGAAAAAAAUUCCUUCUUGACCCCAAAAUACCAGUCAGAUGUCUCCUUGGAUCAAGCAGCUAUUACCCCACUAAUUAGAAAUUAUAUCCCUGUAUGUUAUGUUUUUGUAAGUAUUUAUCCAAUUGCAGUUAAAACAUCUGUAGUGACUCUGACAAAACCACAUCUUCAGGCAGAGAAUUCCAUAUCCUUAUUGCUCUUACUGUAAAAAAAACAUUUUCUUUGCCUUAGAUGAAAUCUCCUUUCAUCCAGCCUAAAUGUGUGACCUCGUGUGUUAUGUAUAGCCCUGUUUAUGAAUAGAUUUCCAGAUAAAGGUUUGUACUGGCCCCGAAUAUAUUUUUAUAAAGUUAUCAUAUCCCCUCUCAGGUGCCGUUUUUCCAAACUAAACAGAUUAAAUUUUUUUAACCUUUCUUCAUAACUAAAAUCCUCCAUUCCUUUUAUCAAUUUUGUAGCUCGUCUCUGGACUUUUUCUAGUGCCAUGAUAUCUUUCUUUAGAACAGGCGCCUAAAAUUGCACAGCAUAGUUCUUCAACUAUUACAGACACAUGAUAAGACAGUCAAUUUUGGUGCUUCCUUUGGUGCUUUGUGAUCUGAGCCUCUACAAUCUCAAAAACAUUGAAAAUACAAUUUUAAAUGUAUUUUGAAAAAUAAAUGCAUUCUGUCAUGAACAAAGUUUGAUUUUUCAGUGGACAUAGUCAGUAGUUUCACAGGACUUACAAAAAUGUGUGUGUACCGUGUUGGUUUCUACAGAGCAUGGACAGAGCCUUUGUUAAAUUCCAUGACGGUCUGUAAAAAAUAAGGUAAAUUUGCUGUAGGGUAAUGGAUGUCCUACACUAAAAUUACAUUUAAACAGGUAAGGAAAACGUAUUAUUAGUCGCACAAAGCAAUGGGUGCAAAUUAAAACAAGAAUUUGAAAUACAUUUUUUGCGUAUUAAACAAAAUAUGUCAUUGACAGGUAGUCACUUAAAUGACCCUAUCAGCCAUUUGGGUAAACCUUUUCAUGACCUUCUACAUGGAUGAUCGAGUUAAAACAAGUCCUUUCCUUGAGUACUUUUGUUACAUGCAUCUUCCAGUCAGUGGUGUCUGUUACAUUCUAUUUGAAGAUAUAACUAUUGAAAAUGAGGUGUAAGAAUCGUAAAAAUCUGAUUAGAGUCUGAAAAUGGAAAUGCCAUUUUGUAUAUUGAAUGGAUUUGUUGAACACCAGUUAAUAAAAUAGGUAGUAACAGUAUCAAUCAGGUGCUUUGUUUUAUGUUCCAUCAACAAGACAUUGAUAUUUGUUCAGCAUUAAGGAUGUGUGUAGGUGCCAUAAUACAAAGCACUCCUUAAAAAAGUUAUAUUCACAGUAUGACCAGUAUUGUAUCAUAUAUUCUUUGCUGGCAUAACCAAGACAUUUUUACCUGUGUCAAUCAGUGAUCAUACUUCAUUAAAUCAGAAAUGUAAUAUUGAUUACGGGAAAUUCAAAAAUUAGAGCCAAGAUAGCCAAGCAGAAUCCAUAGCUGACUUAUAGAAUUGUUCCAUUUUGGCUAUUUUAGUCUUACAUUUAUGGGGAUGUGGCCAGCAGUCAAGGAGAGCAGACAUGCCCUUUAUUCUUUUAUUUUUAAGCCAUUCUAUUGUCAAUUUGCUGAUGUGCUUGAGAUCAUAGUUCUGUUACAUGAUCAUUGUCCUGUCAGCCAAGAUCAGACAGAUGACCUCACAUUUGACUCUAGAAUACUUUUGUGGUCAUGGUCAACCCAAUGAUUUCAAGGUUCCAAGGUCCUGUGCCUCCAAAAUAAGCCCAAAUAAUCAUCACCCCUCCACCACCGUGCUUGACAGUUUGUAUGAGGUGUUUGUGCUGAAAUACUGUUUUAUCUUUUCACCAAACUUGGAGCUGUGCAUGAUGGCUAAACAUCCCCUCACUGGGGAUGGAAAACUGACUCUUUUGCUUUUGUAGAUUGCUUUUGUAUUUUGGUCACCCUGUGCCCAGCAUAGGUACAGGGUGUGUAUAAUGUAUUGAUUUCCCAGGUUGUAUGUGCCUUUUCCCCUCCCCCUUCUCCUGUCUUGUUGUUCUCCCCUUCACUAAGUGUCAUCAUAUGCUUGGGGAGGUGGGCUAAAAUCCUUACAGCAGCAGUUCUUCACCUGAGAGGACUUCAGCGGAGAUACUAACUUGGAGUAUUGAAGCUCCGCUACAUAUUUUAAUAUAUAAAAAUAUUAGCCCUCCUUUUUUACCUUUAUGGUUUACUUCUCACUUGAUCUGUUCCAUUGCCAUCAAUUAUAAUCUUUUUUGUGGCACCACAGGUGAAAUUCAGAAUCAUGGCCCUAAAUGAACAUGUUCAGCCAAUUCGCGUUAUGUUUCAUCUCUCGAUUUAAGUAAAUUGUGGCUCAGAGCUCAGGAAUUCAACCAAUAUUUUGAUCGGUCUAAAUUUGGACAAACUGCAGUUCAAACCAAAACGAAUCUCCAAGUCUAUAGCAUGGACAUUAUUUGAGGUAUUCUGAAGACUGUUGCUCAUGUUAUUCUUUCCUUAUCUCAUUUCCAGCACAGAUGAGCACAAGAACUUAAAAGGGGAUUGAUUGAGUCUCCUUUAUGUUUUACUGGCACCUUAAAAUCCCCUAAACCAUCUUGUUCCCUUGCAAUUAGGUCACCAACAGUUGCAUGUCAAUGGUCUAUUUUUUUAUUGCUUAUUACUGCCAUGUGGUACUGGAUUAAGCUUCAGUAAUGUGAAACAAAGUUUUGAAUAUCUGCCAAACAUUCACUCGGUCAUUCGCAAAUUAAUGUGGCCAACUUCCAUGUGCUUUGAAAAAUGUGACAAAGCAUUCACUUAUCCCUUUCCAUAACCUUUUAUUCCUGGAGCUCUUGCUUAGUGUUGGAAAAACGGAUAGUUAAUUGAGGACUUGCAGCAUUAUAACUGGUGAUUUCUUCCAACCAGUCUGAAUCGACCACCUCAUAAAACCCAAGCUGUAAGAAGUCAAUGACUAUAUGUGAGUUUGGCAAUAGUGAGAGUAGUUUUGGAGAAGCAGCCUUUUAUUAAAACCCUUGCUCUUUCCCCUCACUAUAAAAAAGCACAAAAAUAAAAUGAAAAGUAUUAACUCACAUUAGCUCCCAUGCUGAGGCCAAAUUCUUCCUGCAGCCCGAGUCUCCUCAAUUGAUGCCAUGCUUCCUCACUGGACUGAUCUUGGGUAGGCGUGUCCAGAGUCCCUUGCAGUAGUGAGAGCACUGUUAAAGUGAGAUUUCUUUGGGAAAAGCAAGUCUUAUGGCUCGACUGGUGUGUGUUUAGCAAUGUAUUAACUAUCCACUUACUUCAGGUGGAAGGGGUUUUCAUUCACACUUUUUCCCCACCACAACUCUGUUGGUAUGUGUGUGUGUAUGUAUAUAUAUACAGGGAGUGCAGAAUUAUUAGGCAAGUUGUAUUUUUGAGGAUUAAUUUUAUUAUUGAACAACAACCAUGUUCUCAAUGAACCCAAAAAACUCAUUAAUAUCAAAGCUGAAUAUUUUUGGAAGUAGUUUUUAGUUUGUUUUUAGUUUUAGCUAUGUUAGGGGGAUAUCUGUGUGUGCAGGUGACUAUUACUGUGCAUAAUUAUUAGGCAACUUAACAAAAAACAAAUAUAUACCCAUUUCAAUUAUUUAUUAUUACCAGUGAAACCAAUAUAACAUCUCAACAUUCACAAAUAUACAUUUCUGACAUUCAAAAACAAAACAAAAACAAAUCAGUGACCAAUAUAGCCACCUUUCUUUGCAAGGACACUCAAAAGCCUGCCAUCCAUGGAUUCUGUCAGUGUUUUGAUCUGUUCACCAUCAACAUUGCGUGCAGCAGCAACCACAGCCUCCCAGACACUGUUCAGAGAGGUGUACUGUUUUCCCUCCUUGUAAAUCUCACAUUUGAUGAUGGACCACAGGUUCUCAAUGGGGUUCAGAUCAGGUGAACAAGGAGGCCAUGUCAUUAGAUUUUCUUCUUUUAUACCCUUUCUUGCCAGCCACGCUGUGGAGUACUUGGACGCGUGUGAUGGAGCAUUGUCCUGCAUGAAAAUCAUGUUUUUCUUGAAGGAUGCAGACUUCUUCCUGUACCACUGCUUGAAGAAGGUGUCUUCCAGGAACUGGCAGUAGGACUGGGAGUUGAGCUUGACUCCAUCCUCAACCCAAAAAGGCCCCACAAGCUCAUCUUUGAUGAUACCAGCCCAAACCAGUACUCCACCUCCACCUUGCUGGCGUCUGAGUCGGACUGGAGCUCUCUGCCCUUUACCAAUCCAGCCACGGGCCCAUCCAUCUGGCCCAUCAAGACUCACUCUCAUUUCAUCAGUCCAUAAAACCUUAGAAAAAUCAGUCUUGAGAUAUUUCUUGGCCCAGUCUUGACGUUUCAGCUUGUGUGUCUUGUUCAGUGGUGGUCGUCUUUCAGCCUUUCUUACCUUGGCCAUGUCUCUGAGUAUUGCACACCUUGUGCUUUUGGGCACUCCAGUGAUGUUGCAGCUCUGAAAUAUGGCCAAACUGGUGGCAAGUGGCAUCGUGGCAGCUGCACGCUUGACUUUUCUCAGUUCAUGGGCAGUUAUUUUGCGCCUUGGUUUUUCCACACGCUUCUUGCGACCCUGUUGACUAUUUUGAAUGAAACGCUUGAUUGUUCGAUGAUCACGCUUCAGAAGCUUUGCAAUUUUAAGAGUGCUGCAUCCCUCUGCAAGAUAUCUCACUAUUUUUGACUUUUCUGAGCCUGUCAAGUCCUUCUUUUGACCCAUUUUGCCAAAGGAAAGGAAGUUGCCUAAUAAUUAUGCACACCUGAUAUAGGGUGUUGAUGUCAUUAGACCACACCCCUUCUCAUUACAGAGAUGCACAUCACCUAAUAUGCUUAAUUGGUAGUAGGCUUUCGAGCCUAUACAGCUUGGAGUAAGACAACAUGCAUAAAGAGGAUGAUGUGGUCAAAAUACUCAUUUGCCUAAUAAUUCUGCACUCCCAUAUAUAUAUAUAUAUAUAUAUUUUUUUUUUUUUUAUUAUUAUUAUUAUUUUUAUUUUUAUUUUAUUUAUUUUUUUACCACUUGGCACACACAUAUAAGUGCUGUAUAUCACACAGUGUGACACAUUUUGUUUGAGGUGUAUACACAUUUUUAAAUACUGCUGUGUGGUGAUACAGUUCACUACCUGUUAUUUAUUGUCAAAGUAAUUACUAGCUGCACUUGAUUUUAGCACUGGAUAUUAAACACUAUAUGCACUUUUUUAAUGUAUACACUGCCUUUUCAGAGAAAAGGCUUAGUAACACCUCUAGUGGCAUUCACUCAGAUGGCCUCUGGAGGUGCUUCCUGGGUCUAUGCUGCACAAUGUGCAGCAUUGAUGUUUAGCAUCUCAAUGCUGUGGGAAAGCAUUAGAUUGGCUGAGAUUGUCAAUUUUGAUGAUUUAAGCCAAGGAGGCAAUGCGAGGCAGAGCCAGCUGCGAGGAGACUUGCGCGGCCCUGAAAAAACUGUUAUACCUUUUUUGUAGAGAGCAAAUGGGGGGGAAGGUGAGGGGGGAGCUGGAGACUUAAAAUAUGUUUUUAACACUAUAUUGCCAGGAAUACAUGUUUGUAUUCUGGGCUCUAUAGUGUUCCUUUAAGAGUAUUACACUACUUUAAUUUUACCAGUUUAGAAUGUUUAUUCUGGGAGUAAUUAAUUCUGGGAAGCAUCUAGUACUGUGAGGAAUUGAGAUCAAUUAAAUACACAUAAAAAAUAAUCUCAUGCAUUAAAAUAAGAAUGGCAGCUUUGCAUGACUAAAUGGAAAUAUUGAUGGACCUUUUGCAUGGUGUAUAUAAAGUCAAGAAGUGUUUAACAGCUGGGCAUUAUAAAAUAGAUAGUUUAUUAACAAAUGUAGCCUUCGCUUUUCAAAUAUUCUAAAGCAGUAAUUAGCAAGCUGCAUUGACAAUAUAAAUAAAUAAGCAUUGCUAAAAGACAAGGGCACACGAAACAAUGCUAAAUAAAUAAAUAAUGAUAUGCCUUUAUCAUAAAGCAGCUCAGUUUCAAAAGUAAUGAAACCUGUCUGCGCUUUCGUAGUACAAUAUAAAAAAGGUAUCUCUGCUGUAGCCUUUUGCUUCACUAUGUAUAGAGCUAAAAAUAUCUAUACAAUUGCUAGCUCGUAGGCGGACAGAUUCCACAAGAAUAUGCUCAAAAUAGCUGCAAUGUAAUGCACACUUUCACAUUUUUUUCAGCCAUUAGAAAAGAGUCAUUACUGGCUACUGGCAGUUUUAUAAAAAAUAUAUUGCGGGAAAUCAUAUCGUAAAAGUAACAUGAAUCCAACAUUUUGGCAAUGCCUACAGUAUUUUCUUUAUUAUAGCAAGACCUUAUGUGACAUCUUUACACCAUGUGGAGCUAGUAUGAUGUCCAAAGAGAAGAAUGAAGCUUUCCUAUUCCGACUGUACCAACCGUGUUCUAGUUUAUAUUUAAUUAAAAUUCUAAGUUAAAAAUAAAUUAUAUUUAUUUUUAUAUUUAUAUGAACAAAGUAACAUAAUACAAUUGUGAAUAAGCAGCUUUUUAUUAUUUUAAAUUGAUUUUAUUAUUAAAAUUCCCCUGUCCCUCAGGGGUUGAUUGGACAUGUUACCCAACCCCCAGCUGCUAUUUUUUUUAUCAGAUCUGAUUAGUGAAACUGUUUAUGAAGCAGAUAGAAUCUGAUGUGGAAUCAAUCAAUUAAUUGAUUAUCUUGUGUAUCUGCCCCCGGCCAAAUUAAAGAAGUAGUGCAUGCACGCUCCUAAAGUAGACACAAGUUUCGGGUUAAUGAACAACUUGAGGAAUGUUUAUUCUGAGGGGAUGGCAUGCCCCUUAUAAAGCAAAAUUACAUAAUAUGCUUUGUCAGAGAUAACAUGAAAUAAUACAUCAAUAAUUGGUUAGGUGUUAAGUGGUUCAUUUAUUGCUCUUCCUACCGGGUGUGAUGUUACUGGUAUCUUGGAGGUCUCCCCUAGAUUCCAGCGCCAUCUUGUUAGUGAGGGUGUUAGUCGAUGUAGAAGGGGAAACUCCCUAGCGGCCAUUUUAGGUAAAUCACAUAUAAAGUUGAAUAAUGCUAAUUGUAGAUAUACUGAGUAAAUAGGCAUUUUACUAACAUAAAUUGAGUUAAUAUUUUUGUCCACAACAGAAUCCAUAGUGCAUUUUUUGUGUGAAAGGGUUGCAUCCUGUGAUCUCCCAUGCCACUGACCACACAAACAUACAAUCACUGCUUGGUGAGGUAGUGUACAUCAAAAAGGACUUUACCUGCAUUGGGGCCUAAUGUAAUGUAAGCCAGAGAAAGAAAAGGAUUACUUCAUCCACCAUGGCUACAUCUUAGAAGUGGUCAUGGUAGUAGGAGUCUGUAUGUGCAGCGUUUCUGCAUGAAUCACUGCACAUAUAAAGAAAUCUGCACUUUUUUGUUUCUCCCUCAAUUUUCAACAUUUACAAUUUUGUUUUAAUAAUUAAAGAGCUUGCUCAUGCGUUCUGACCUGUUGAAAUGGUCCACUCAAACGCUCCUCUAUGAGCAGAACUUCAUUGAACCACAGAUGACGUGGCGUGACGACAGACAUGGGGUCAAAGCGGCACUGGAUUCAAGGUGAGUUUUAAUCUAGUCAAUUGUUUUAUAAAUAAAAUAAGGGAGGGUGGACAAGAUCAAAAGUGCACAAUAGUACAUAAUAAAGAUUUUAAAAAAUAUUGUCUAGAAUAGGGUUAUAGUAACCCAUGAGGAGAAGUGACAGGAUAUAUCCUUACUAUUUGUAUAAUAAAAUAAACGAAACAAUACAAAUCUACAAUUUUAGAAGAUCCUGGUUUUCUCAAAUUUUGCAAUACUAUAAAUAGCAAUUCUAGGGAAAGUUCUAAAUUAGAGCUAAACCAAAAUCACUCCAACCUUUUAUUUAUGUAUUUGCUCCAUGUAUGUCAAAAGGCAGCGUGGCAUAGAAGAAGAAAAAGUUUAUAUUAGCAAAGUGUAGAACUCUCAUUUCUAAUACUGUAGAUCUAUGAAAACAGAUAGGGAGUAAUUUCUAAGCAGAAAUUCUUAGUCCCAGAUCUACAUUUAGAGCAAAUCAUGAGGAACAGUCUAUUUGUUUCCAUGGUUAUAGUUCUAAUUUUAGAACAUUCCCCAGAAUUGCUAUUUAUAUUAUUGCAAAAUUUGAGAAAAUUAUUACUUCUAAACAUGUAUUGCUUUUGUUUUUUUGUUUGUUUUAUUAUCCAAAUAGUAAGGAUAUAUCCUGCCACUUCAUGGAUGGGACAAAGCAGAGAUUGAAAGUGUUUUUCUGGCUGGCUGAGCAUCCUGAGAAAUUUAGUUCACAAAUAAUUAAAAGCAUAAACUACUCUGUGUACCCCAGGCACUGUUUUGAAACUGCAUUUCCCAUGAUGCACAACCAACCAAGGCUGAUUGAGCAUCAUUAGAAAUAUUGUUCACAAACAUCUGGAAACAUCAGGAUCUCUACAUACAUUAUGCACUGGAGAUAAUUUGAAACCACUUUUUCACCAUAAAAGGCUUGCUGAGCAUCCAGGCAAAUGUCAUUCACCUACAUAUACAAACAUAAUUUUAUUAUCCCAGUUAGUCUCAGGUUCUGUGGAAUGUUUGCAUUUUUGUCCUUGUCAGUUCAACUUUGUUUACUUGCUCUGAAAUAGUGGAAUAGGUCACUAAACAGUGCUGUCAGUAAGGAGGCAAUGCAUGAUUUUUACAGCUGUUCAUUUUUUCAGCCAUAAAUACAAAAGGUUCAGCCUGACACAACACGUGUGAAGCUGUUUGCUGCUGUUCUCUACCUAAAGCAGUAGAGGCUGGUAUAGGCAGUGGUGUAUCCUGGUUUUGUGCUGCCCUAGGCAGGACAAAACUCAGGCGCUCUCCUUCCCCCCCCGCCACUCCCACCCAACCCUUCCCCCCGCCCCUCCUUCUAAAUACACACACACACAUUCACUGACAGAUACGCAUACACUAGCUAACACUAACAGACACACACUCACUAACAGACACACUCACACUAACAGACACACACACACACACACACACUAACAGACACACACUAACAAACACACACACACACUAACAGACACACACUAACAGACAUACACACUCACUAACAGACACACUCACUAACAGACACACACACACACUAACAAACACACACUGACAGACACACACUAACAGACAUACACACACACUCACAUUAACACAUUUUUAAAAAAAUUUUAUUUAACCCCCCCAGCCUCCUUACCUUUGGGAAUGCUGGGAGGGGGGGUUCCCUCUCUUCCUGAGGGUGCAGUGGCUGCUGGGCGGGCGGCGCUAGCUGGUGGCUGGUGAGGGAGCACUUCCUCUGAGCUGUCUGCUCAGCUCCCUCGCGCGCCGCAGAGUGAUGCCGGGAAUAUGACAUCAUAUUCCGGCUCCCAGCUUCACUCUGCGGAGUGCGAGGGAGCUGAGCAGACAGCUCAGAGGAAAUGCUCCCUCGCCAGCGCCACCCGCCCGACCGGCAUGUCAGUUAACAAGACAUUUGCCCUGGGCAUUUUGGGUGGCUUUUUUUGCCACCCCCUGGAAAAUGCCGCCCAAGGCAAAUGCCUUGUUUGUCUCACAGCUAAAACGUCCCUGGGUAUAGGCCCAUAGGUCCAUGUUGCAAAAAAAAAAAAGUAGCUGUGAGAACUAACGAUAAAUGUAUUAAAAAAGCUGAAAUUUCCAGAUGCUGUGUUUGUUUUUUUUAUGGUUUUGAGCAUGGCGUAACAUCUCAUUGUGUCAGGGUUUGAGUGGGCAGAACUUGGAUUGUUUAAAGGAACACUUUAGGCACCCAGUUCACUUCAACACAAUGAAUUGGACUGGGUGCCAUCUGCCCCUGUUUUAACCCUGCUGCUGAAAACAUUGCCAUUCCUCGGGAUUAGCAAUUAUUUCUCUGCAAGUUACCCUGCCUCUAGAGGCUGUCAUGCUAGCAGCCAUCAUAACUGUUAAGUGAUAUAGCAUUGGGAAACCUAUGGGAAUGCAUUGGGUUGGCUCAGAUCCUCAACAUUGAUGAUCUCAACCAAAGAGGCGGCGCUUCACGGAGGAGACCACUGAAGGGUAGGCUGAAAGAUAAGUAAUAUUGCCUUUAAUACCUUUACCUACAACCAUGGCAGCACUGGCCGGUCAUCUAAAUGGUGACCAGGGCACUAUAGCAUUAGGAAUUCCUUUUUUUAUUUUCAAAAACCAUAGUGUUCCUUUAAAAAAACCAAAAACUUUUAUUUUAAUUCUGCAAUGUAAAACAGUUACUACCUUCUCCAGAGUGAAACCUGGACCUGGAAUGACUUAGUAUAUGCCACAGUAUAUUUGUAUGUAUACAUAUAUAAUUUUGUUAAGAAUAUUUGCUUAGAGAUUUAAUUGCAUGUUCUCCUAAAUGAUUGUCAUUUACUAUCCUUUAUUAUUUAUUUAUAGUUUUUACAGAGAGUAAAGCUGUAGAACACUUCUCAUAAACAAGAGAAAAUCAGUUUAUUUCUACAAUAUAUUUCCACUCUUGUUAGUCAAGUAACAAUUUCUACUCUUUUUAAUGUUGCCAAGCAACAAAGUGACCUCUUCCAGUGUGUUUCUAAAAUGAUAACUCAUAAAAUAUUCAAAACUCAUGUUCUUAAGAUUUUAAACAUGGUUAAAAUGGAGUUUGAAACUCUGAAAUUACAUUAAAUGUAAAAUGAAAUUAACUUAAAAUAUAUUCUUCUAAGUAACUUCCUUGGCCUUAAAUAACAAUAGAACUCACAAAAAAAAAAAAAGAUGCUAUGUUACGUAACCACUUCCUUCCAUACAAUGUACCUAUUCUGGCUCAUUUAUUUACUUACACCAUUUGCUUUACAUACACCACUGUCUUUCACCCUGCCAAUAAAACAUAUUUCUUGGCUGCAUUUACACUAUACUCUAUCUGAAUCAGGGUGAGUAUAAUCAUUGUGUUUACAUUGCCCCUAGGGACAUCUCCCAAAGGCCACUUCACAGAUGGCCACUGGAGGUGCUUCCUGGGUCAGUGCUGCACAGUAGGCAGCUCUGCCGUUCACGCUCUGCAUGGGGAUGCUGAAUUUUCCUCAUAGAUAUGCAUUGAUUCAAUGCAUCUCUAUGAGGAGGUGCUGAUUGGCCAAAACGGCAUUUGGCCCCACCCCUUGCCAAUUUUAGCCAAUCCAAUGCUUUUCCCAUGGGAAAGCAUUGGAUUGGCUAAAAGUCGUCAAUUCUGAUGAUGUCACAAAUGGAGCGACCCUUGUAGAGCUGAAAAUAAGGUGAGUUUUAACCCAUUCUGAGGGGGCUAAGGGAGAAGGCAAGCCACCUAAAUGGUGGGUUUAACACUAUAGGGACAGGAAUACAUGACCGGUGUAUAGUCGUCAUAUGGGCAGUCGGACUCCAGGACAACCCUCCCACAUACCUAACCCAAUAACGCACUGACACUCGGGUAUAUGGGAAAAUUUGUCCACAGCUUUAUUAAACAAUCUUAAAUAAUAAUAACAAUAUAUUCAUUAUAACAUAAAUAACUUAACAAAUAAACAUGGGUCAUUGCCCCCCAUACUCCACCCUCGCAUCCGAAUCCUUCUGUUAAUAUAAAAGGCAAUGACCCCCAUAUAAAUAACACAUAUAUAUAACAUAUACCAACAUUAUUCCAACAUACCAACUUAAAGUGCCAAACAUAAAUUAACCAUGGCAGGGGUAUACCCAGAAUGCCGAAGUUCCGAGGUGUCAAAGUGCCGAAGUUCCGAAGCACAGUAUUGCCUAAGUACUAAUAUACUUACCCAGUGAAAGAAGAAGAAUGUUACACUGUAUACAAUUUCAAAUAAAAAGUAUACAAACAUAGCCAGGAUCCAGCUGUAAGCUUUUGAAACACUUACAACAAUCAAGUAACAUACAUUCAUAUAAAAUGUAAGUUACUUAGCCAGUCAUGUAAUGACAAGAAUGAAUAAGUAGAUAACUCCCUAAUUCCCACGGUAUUAGGGAGCUAUCUACUAAAAGGCUGAAAGACCUAAAUUGGUCUUUCAGCCAAAUUUACUAAUACUAAGUAAAGAUUACUUAGUAUUAGUAAAUUAUGCCCCUACUCGCUAUAACCUGUGGCUGUGGCUGCUCACUGUAAAAAAAAAAAGGGGGCCCCCCUCCCUGAGCGCCGGGUGGGGGCCCUAAAGUAAAAAAUAUAUGAAUUGUGACCUAUUGUCCUCCCCACCGGCCCCCACCCUUGAGCGGUGGGUGGGGGCCCUAAAUACAAAUUGGGAGUGGACCUAAUGUCCUCCCCCCUGGCCCCCACCCCUGAGUGGUGGGUGGGGGCCCUAAACAAGAAUAAGGGGGGGCAUAAUGUCCUCCCCCUGGCCCCCACCCCUGAGCGGUGGGUGGGGGCCCUAAAUACAAAUUGGGGGAGGACCUAAUGUCCUCCCUCCCUGGCCCACACCCCUGAGCGGUGGGUGGGGGCCCUAAAUACAAAUUGGGGGAGGACCUAAUGUCCUCCCCCUGGCCCCCACCCCUGAGCGGCGGGUGGGGGCCUUAAAUACAAAUUUAACCCCCCUCCCCUCCAGGUGACUAGGGGUCCCCAAACCCCUAGUCACCCCCUCCCCAAAAAAAUAAACUCCUACCUACCCCCUCGCCCUAAAAAUAAUGAGGGGGGACCUUUAACUAAAUACCUGUAAAAAUAAACUUACCAUUCAAUGUUUUCUUUCUUGUAAAAUCUUCUUUUUUCAGCCCCAAAAAAGGCCAAAUAAAAAUCCAUAAUAACCGACGCAAUUAAAAAAACAAACCCCAAAAAAAUGAGCGCAAAAAAAAAAAAUCCACCUUCACCCGGCGAGGGUGUUGACCUACAAUUAAGUCAUCUGUAAUAAUUACUCUUAAAUCCAGUUCCUCAGAUGUUGAGGUUAGGACUCUAUCAAAUAUUCUGUACUUUGCCCUUGGGUUUUUAUCCACUUUAAAUGUCAGUUGCCACAACUAUGACCAUUUUUCUAGUUUACCUAAAUCAUUUACCACUUGGCUUAUCACUCCUGGAACAUCAAUCUUGUUACACAUCUUAGUAUCAUCAGCAAAAAGACAUACCUUACCAUCAAGACCUUCUGCAAAUCACUAAUAAAAAUAUUAAAGAGUGACAAGCCCAUGCUUCGAAUAUACUCCUUUGACUACAACCCUCUGUUGCCUGUCACUCAGCCACUGCCUUACCCAUUCAACAAUAUUGGAAUCCAAACUUAAAGAUUGCAGUUUAUUGAUAAGCCUUCUAUGUGCAACAGUGUCAAAAGUUUUACUGAAAUCUAGGUAAGCAAUGUAGGUGCAGUAAGGCAUAUUUGGUGGGACUGCCCUGGAAUAAUACACUUUUGGAAUAAUGUAAAAGAUACGGUAACUGAGACUACGGGGUAAACCCCCUCAUUUUGGUAUUGGGAAUGUGCUGUUGCAUUUGACACCUAUUCCACUUUCUAAAUACACUGCUUGGCCAAAAAAAAAGUCGCCACCUGGAUUUAACUAAGCAAACAGGUAAAAGCCUCCUAUUGGAUAGUUAUUGCAAGGGCGAUUAUCUUUCAGCUGGCAAAAAGUUAUUUAACCCCAACUGAUGCAAUGAGCAGCUUCUCUUUUCUUUAACAACUUUGUCGAAUGACACAUCCCAUGGUUGUGGAAAAGAUGUUAAGUCUGUUUGAGAAGGUUCAAAUCAUUGGCAUGCAUCAAGCAGAGAAAACAUCUAAGGAGAUUGCAGAAACUACUAAAAUUUGGUUAAGAAAUGUCCAGCGCAUUAUUAAAAACUGGAAGAAUAGUGUGGAACCAUCGUCUUCGAGGAAGAAAUGUGGUCGGAAAAAAAUCCUGAUUGAUUGUGAUCUGUGAUCACUUAAACACUUGGUGAAAUAAAAACGUAGAAAAACAACAGUAGAACUCAGGGCUAUGUUUAAUAGUUAAAGUAAGAGCAAAGGAAGCACAGAAUGCAAAGGAAACUCAAGGGAUUGGGACUGAACAGCUGUGUAGCCUUAAGAAAACCACUUAUCAGUGAAGCUAAUCGGAAAAAAAGGCUUCAGUUUGCUAGGGAGCAUAAAGAUUGGCUCUGGAGCAAUGGAAGAAGGUCAUGUGGUCUGAUGAGUCCAGAUUCACCCUGUUCCAGAGUGAUGGGUGCAUCAGGGUAAGAAGAGAGGCAGAUGAAGUAAUGCACCCAUCAUGUCUAGUGCCUACUUUACAAGCCUGUAGGGCCAGUGCUAUGAUCUGGGGUUGCUGCAGUUGGUCAGGUCUAGGUUCAGCAACAUUAUGUGCCCAAAGAAUGAGGUCAGCUGACUACCUGAAUAUACUGAAUAACUAGGUUAUUGCAUCAAUGGAUAUUUUCUUCCCUGAUGGCAUGGGCAUAUUCCAAGAUGACUAAGCCAGGAUUUAUCAGGCUCAAAUUGUGAAAGAGUGGUUCAGGGAGCAUGAGACAUAAUUUUCACACAUGGAUUGGCCCCACAGAGUCGAGUUCUUAACCCCAUUGAGAAUCUUUGGAAUGUGCUGGAGAAGGCUUUGAGCAGUGGUCCAACUCUCCCAUCAUCAAUACAUGAUCUUGGUGAAAAAUUAAUGUAACACUGGACGGAAAUAAGUCUUGUGACAUUGCAGAAGCUUAUCUAAACAAUGCCACAGCGAAUGUGUGCCGUAAUCAAAGCUAAAGGCAGUCUUACCAAAUAUUAGAGGGUGUGACCUUUUGUUUUGGUGGCGACUUUUCUUUUGGCCAGGCAGUGUAUUUUGAGGCAUUUGUUUAAUGCAGCUAAAUCUUUUGUCCUUACCCUCUGGAAACAAACGCAUGCCCCUAGCAUAGAAAAAAUUCUGACACGGGUUAAGGAAAUUCAAUUAGCAGAAGCUGUGCAGGCAACAAAUAUUGGACAAAGUACUAAACAUACAGAGAUGUGGUACCCAUGGUGUGAAUACUUAGCAAAGACCGAGUUACCAGAAAGGGCGAAUUCUGUUACUUGAAGAAAUAUAAGGGGGUGGCAUGCGCCUCUCUUUAUUUUGACAUGUUGUCACACACCGCCAAUUGAGUUCACGAGACAUUGUUAGUGACUGAUGACUAGACUGUGACAAGAUGACCCAGAGCAUGGAAAUUUUGACGGGACCCAAAUUAGAGUGAUAUUGUUGUGCGUUUCAAUCUACUCUGCCUUGCAUUACUAUGCUUUCUUCAGUAACGUUGGUCAAAUUUACUGAGGCAAACUGUACUUUAACACAUAGCAUGCGUAAUAGUCACAUAGCUCUAAGCACAGCUUCUGAAAUCAUUAUACAGCUCAGUUUUGUUUGCUGCAUGCUGCAUUUUGCGAACAUUCAGCAGACAUUGUCAUCUGCAGGAUGCUCUGAUAACACUCCAUCCAUAGCAAAAUAAAUUGAAUUCCUUAUUUGGAACUGACGAGCUUAGAAAUACAAUGAGAAACUGAAAAAAGACUGUGCAAAUAAAAAAUUUUAUCGGCUGGCUUAUACUUGGAAAUCAUUUUGUAGUAAUGAAUGGAAUAUUAAAAGAUUAAAAAACGAUAUUCCAAUCAGUAGCUUCUUUUUGGGAGGAACACACAUAUGAACCAGAAUAUGUGCAUAUAGUAUCAGUAACCCUAAUUCUAUUUGAUCUUAAUUUCAUUUUAACUUGAGAUUCUAUUAAAAUGUGUUUUGUUUCUCUAAAAUUAUUAUAUAUUUUGUCUAUAAUAAGAAGGUGCGUGUGACGAAGCGCCCUUCGCCACUUGUGCCUCUUGCCGUAUGACUAUGGCCCCUGGAAGAUUUUGCCCUUUAAAUACGUUAUUUGGGCAUAGUGGAUUUUAUUAGACUGGUUCUGGCCCUUUAAAUGCUCUGACAAAGGGGUCCAAAGUAGGGGUCCUCAUAGACUGGUCCUGUGAGGAACCCCAACAGGCAGGUGGAGAUGGGACCGAGGUCUCUCCACCGGGCCCACCGGGAUGCUAGGCAGCCGGCCCAGAUCCCCAGCAGUGGUCGGAGUUACCGGGUGCGGAGGCAGGUGGUCCUUAUUCUCAAAUGUUGAGGGACCUCAUAGACUUGUCCUGGGAAGACCCACAGAUGGCAGGUGGAGAUGGGACCGAGGUCUCUUCACCGGCCCUACAAGGAUGCUGGGCAGCCGACCCAGAUCCCCAACUGCAGUUGGAGCCCCAGGGAGAGGAGGCAACCGGUCUCUCUCCCCAGCGGCAGCAGGAGUACCAGGAGGAGGAGGUAGGCGACCCCUCCCCUCCACAGCCAACCCCUAACCCGGUACUGGGUUUAGUGAAGAAGAUGUUAGCCUCCACUGACCCCCUUCCAGCAGAAGAGCUGGCAUCCGGUCAGAGCGUGUUCGGCUUCUGCCCCCCCUUGCCCUCUUGUUCAGAACCUGAAUACCCACUGGCCAACCCAGCAGAAGCGCUGGCAUCCGGGCAGAGCGCCGCUGGUCUCUGUCCACUGGUUCCCCUCAGCAACCUGGGACAUACAGGCCAGAGCCGGACACCAGGAAUCACCAGGUGCAGUAAUGGUGUAUUGUGGGUGGGCUACUCUGUUAAAUGUUUAUUGUGGGUGGGCUACUCGACUAACUCAGGUACUGACCGACAGAAGGUCAGGUACCUGGUUAGUCUCCCCCCCAGAGGGAAGAUGUGUGACGAAGUGCCCUUUGUCACUUGUGCCUGGAGAGGACUAAUUGCCAGCCUCCUGCCCUGCGACUAUGUCCCCUGGAAGAUUUUGCCCUUUAAAUACGUUAUUUGGGCAUAGUGGAUUUUAUUAGACUGGUUCUGGCCCUUUAAAUGCUCUGACAAAGGAUCUGCAGUUUUGCUAUGCACUUCGGAUGCAGAGUGUGAAGAAAACCCCUGUUUUAUGGACUUAGUUUGACUGUUUUAUCCCCCCCCCCCCCUUAGAACACCAGUUUAAACCCUUAAUAACUGUCAUAUUUUCAAACUCUGUCUGACCCUUUUAACCCGUUAACGCCGUUACGGCGUUCUAUGCCGUCCUGCAUUAAGUGGGCUUUAAAGCCGUUGCGGUGGCAUAGAACGCCGUAACGGCUUCGAGCCCCUGGAGGUCCGCGGUACUCACCUCUGCCGCGUUCCUCUUCUGGAGGGCUGCCUGACAGCCCAGGCAGCCCUCCUCCGGCAAGUGAGGCCCCCGGGGCCCCCUAUAGCUGGCUGUGGAUCUGCCAGCAGGGGGACUGUCUGACAGUCCCCCUGCUGGUGGGAAAGUACAAUUUUUUUCAUUAAACAUGUUAUAAAAUAAAAUAGAAAUGUAUUUAUAUAUAUAUAUAAUAUAUGUAUAUAUAUUAUAUAUAUAAUAUAUAUAUUAUUAUAUAUAUGUAACGUCAUACAAAGUGUAUUUUAAUAUUAAUAUAAGUACAUAUAUUAGUAUUAAAAUACACUUAGAAUGACAUUACAUAUAUAUACAAUAUAUAUAUAUUAAAUAUAUAAUAGAUAUAUACACAUAUAUUAUAUAUAUAUACGUAUAAUUACAAUAAUAAAUAAAUAAAAUAAUAAAAUAAAUAAAUAAAAUAUUGAAACAAAAUUUAAUAUAAAAUAUAGAUUCAUAUGUAAUUUCAUUCUAACUGUAUUUUGUUAUUAAUAUAUAUUGGUAACAAAAUACACUUAGAAUGACAUUCUAUAUAUAUCUAUCUAUAUACAAAAUACAAAUAACCGCAAAUAUAUAUAUAUAUAUAUAUAUAUAUAUAAAUAGCGAAGGCUUGCACUCCUGGUGUAAUCCUGUGGUGCCCGGUGCUGGUCUGGCAAGGAUCAUGUAGACAUAGCAAUAUAGAUAUGCCCACCCUAUUUGCUACAAGUUUAAGAAUAGACUUAUAGUUCAGCUCUUUCCUCAGUUACACAGGAACAGAUACACCCUUUCAGUGCUGCAUUGGAUGAAUUGCUCCAGCACUCAAAGAGUGAAUUUCCAGUAUGAUAACAGAUUUUGGAUUCCUGAUGGCCCUUCCAGCCUGUUAUACUGUUUAAAAUAUAUGAAGACAGUCAGAUUCAUUUUUGAAACAUUCUAGACUCUGUAUCCACUCCUACUUUACCCUGAGCUCAAUCAUGAUUGUAGCUACUAGGACACAAAGUGGAAAGCAACCAGUCCAGUUGGAUUGUUACUUAGUAACCUGUAGCCCCGCCCCUUUUCUGGGCCUUGCACACAUGGCCACCACACUCCGAGAUACAUUACUCUCUAAUGCAGGGCAAGCUGUCUCAUGGCUAGGUGAGUACACAAUUAAGGUAAAUUAUUUUGAGGGAUUGGGGGUAUAUAUUUCUUUGUGUCUGCACUUGUAAGUUAUGUUUUGUCCUGAUGAAAGCUCCAUGUGGGAGCUGAAACGUUGACUUUUUAAAUGGAUUGAAUAAAAGCUAAAUUUUAUUUGAAAAUCUCUAUAAAGUCCUUGGAGUGCGGUCAUUUCUGCUAUGUCUAUAUAUAUAUAUAUAUAGAUAAAUACAUAUAAUUACAUAAACGAUUACAUUAGUAUACACGUAGAAUUUAAAUACCUAUAAAUGCAUAUAUAUUAAAAUUCUACAUGUAUAUUUAAGUAAUCUUUUAACAUAAUUAUGUGAUUUGAUUAACUAAAAUGUGAUUGACAUGCCACGAGAUUGGCUUGCACAGGGUACCUGAACACCUAAGGCCAACCCUACGUAUUUAGAUUCUCAUUUAAAAGGACACUACAGGGAGUGCAGAAUUAUUAGGCAAAUGAGUAUUUUGACCACAUCAUCCUCUUUAUGCAUGUUGUCUUACUCCAAGCUGUAUAGGCUCGAAAGCCUACUACCAAUUAAGCAUAUUAGGUGAUGUGCAUCUCUGUAAUGAGAAGGGGUGUGGUCUAAUGACAUCAACACCCUAUAUCAGGUGUGCAUAAUUAUUAGGCAACUUCCUUUCCUUUGGCAAAAUGGGUCAAAAGAAGGACUUGACAGGCUCAGAAAAGUCAAAAAUAGUGAGAUAUCUUGCAGAGGGAUGCAGCACUCUUAAAAUUGCAAAGCUUCUGAAGCGUGAUCAUCGAACAAUCAAGCGUUUCAUUCAAAAUAGUCAACAGGGUCGCAAGAAGCGUGUGGAAAAACCAAGGCGCAAAAUAACUGCCCAUUAACUGAGAAAAGUCAAGCGUGCAGCUGCCACGAUGCCACUUGCCACCAGUUUGGCCAUAUUUCAGAGCUGCAACAUCACUGGAGUGCCCAAAAGCACAAGGUGUGCAAUACUCAGAGACAUGGCCAAGGUAAGAAAGGCUGAAAGACGACCACCACUGAACAAGACACACAAGCUGAAACGUCAAGACUGGGCCAAGAAAUAUCUCAAGACUGAUUUUUCUAAGGUUUUAUGGACUGAUGAAAUGAGAGUGAGUCUUGAUGGGCCAGACGGAUGGGCCCGUGGCUGGAUUGGUAAAGGGCAGAGAGCUCCAGUCCGACUCAGACGCCAGCAAGGUGGAGGUGGAGUACUGGUUUGGGCUGGUAUCAUCAAAGAUGAGCUUGUGGGGCCUUUUCGGGUUGAGGAUGGAGUCAAGCUCAACUCCCAGUCCUACUGCCAGUUCCUGGAAGACACCUUCUUCAAGCAGUGGUACAGGAAGAAGUCUGCAUCCUUCAAGAAAAACAUGAUUUUCAUGCAGGACAAUGCUCCAUCACACGCGUCCAAGUACUCCACAGCGUGGCUGGCAAGAAAGGGUAUAAAAGAAGAAAAUCUAAUGACAUGGCCUCCUUGUUCACCUGAUCUGAACCCCAUUGAGAACCUGUGGUCCAUCAUCAAAUGUGAGAUUUACAAGGAGGGAAAACAGUACACCUCUCUGAACAGUGUCUGGGAGGCUGUGGUUGCUGCUGCACGCAAUGUUGAUGGUGAACAGAUCAAAACACUGACAGAAUCCAUGGAUGGCAGGCUUUUGAGUGUCCUUGCAAAGAAAGGUGGCUAUAUUGGUCACUGAUUUGUUUUUGUUUUGUUUUUGAAUGUCAGAAAUGUAUAUUUGUGAAUGUUGAGAUGUUAUAUUGGUUUCACUGGUAAUAAUAAAUAAUUGAAAUGGGUAUAUAUUUGUUUUUUGUUAAGUUGCCUAAUAAUUAUGCACAGUAAUAGUCACCUGCACACACAGAUAUCCCCCUAACAUAGCUAUAACUAAAAACAAACUAAAACUACUUCCAAAAAUAUUCAGCUUUGAUAUUAAUGAGUUUUUUGGGUUCAUUGAGAACAUGGUUGUUGUUCAAUAAUAAAAUUAAUCCUCAAAAAUACAACUUGCCUAAUAAUUCUGCACUCCCUGUAUAGUCACCAGAAAAACUAUGGCUUAAUAUACCUGUUCUUGUGUCUACAAUAUGUCCCUGCACACAUUUUAAUGUAAAGACUGCCUUUUCUGAGAAAUGGUAGUUUUUACAUUACUACCUAGUAACACCUCUAGGAAGCACCUCUAGACAACCACUAGAGGUGCUUCCCUAAUUAUAUGGGCUACAAGGCACAGUGUGCAGCACUGACGUUCAGCUUCUCUACGCUCUGCAUGGAGACGCUAAACGAUCCUCAUUGAUUCAGUGCAUCUCUAUGAGAAGAUGCUGACUGUCCAGGGCUGCAUUUUUCGGCCCAUGCACAACAGCCUCCUAUAGAAAAGCAUUGAAUUGGCUGAGAUUGUCAAGUUUGAUGAUCUCAGCCAAAAAGGCGGAGCAGGGGCAGAGUCAGCCACAACAGACCUGUGUGGCGCUGGAAAAAAAGGUGAGCCUAAUGGGGGCAAGAAGGGGCCAGGGACUUAAACUGGAUUUAAGAGCUAUAAUGUCAGGAAUACGUGUUUAUAUUCCUGUUAAUUUAGUUUUUCUUUAAGUUAUUUUUAGCGAUGCUUUUCCUCUUUUUCCUUUGCAUUUGAUUUUUUUUUCUGAGAGGUGGUUAAUUAGUAAUUAGUUUUGAGCUUCUUCCAUUUCAUGCUAGAAAUGUUGACUUUUUUGCUUCAAUAGUACUACUGUAAGUGAUGUCAUGACGAAAGCUGACAAGUGAUUUAUGCAAACAGAUUCAUAAGGACCCCCAAUUCAUAAAUUAAUCAUUUAGAAGCUAUACCAAUUUUGUAGAUUUUAUGUAAUAUCAGUAUGUUUUUUUUUUUUUUUACAUUUUACAUUUUUAAAGGGAUAUGGAGUCUGUCUCUAUGAAGUAUCACAGUGAAUUACCUUUUAUAAAACAUUAAUAAAAUCAUGGUGCACAAAAAACAAGUUUAUUAAUGUUUAGUUUUAUUAUUCUUUGAUUAACAUAUUGAUGCUAUACUUCCAAAUGGUUGCUGCACUUUUUUUAAAUAAUCAGGUCUUUAUUGGGUUACCAUCAGGUGUUAAUUGUACUUUUUAAUAUUGUUAUUUAUUUUCCACAUUUUGUUCUUACACUUGUGUACGAUACUGUAUAUCGUCACUAUUUCAGUGCUUGUAUUUACUAGGAUUUGUUAAAGUUUUAAAAUCCUCAAUAUACUCUGCUGUCUGACUAAUAAAAUUAAGGAAGUUGCAGUGAACCUCACCUGGUGGGACAGGGAAACACAAUGUCAAAGGUAUCAGUGUAAAUACAUGUCAGCAUAAAUAUAAAAAACAAUGGAUAUAAUUAAACAUUAAAUAAAUAAAUACACAAUGCAGAAGUGAGGAAAAAGUGAAGAACAUAUUUUUCACAAAUCUAAUUUAUGAGAAACACAGACUUGCAUUUGCCAACUAUUACAUACUAUGAGGGGAGUUAAAAGAUACACUGGAGCAUAGAAUGCAGCGCACCCUCAUGUCCUUGGCAUCCAAAAGCCGUCAUAACAUCUGAUUCAAUAAUUUGUUUAGUUUGUACAACCGUGCUCAAAUGCUAAUCUCUUUUUAUGUGUCUGGUGACUUCUAGAGUGUCAUAAUUUAAAGGGACAUUAUAUUCACUAGAACCACAACAGCGUAAUGUAGUUGUUCUGUUUUUUUUAGCCUGUCCCUGCAGGCUGAGUACUUGAAAGUGCAGUGUUUACAUUGCAGCCUAGGAACACCUCUAGUGACCUUCACUCAGACGGACACUGGAGGUGCUUCAACAAGAAAAGGACAUUUUUUUAAAGGGACAUUAUAUUCACUAGAACCACAACAGCUUAAUGUAGUUGUUCUGGUGUUUAUAGCCUGUCCCUGCAGGCUGAGUAUUUGAAACGCUGCCUUUUCAGAGAAAAUGCAGUGUUUACAUUGCAUCCUAGGAACACCUCUAGUGACCUUCACUCAGACGGACACUGGAGGUGCUUCCCUAAUGAUAUGGGCUACAAGGCAGAAUAGUGUUAACUUAUAUGGAAGCCUAAAUAUCAGAAAUAAUCUGGUCUGUUUUCACGCUAGAGUCAUUCUCCAACAAAAUGUUCCCUGAUUCUGUUCCAAACAUCUGGUCUGCUUAAUAUAUUGUAUAUUUAUGCACUUCCUUUUAACAUUGAGGCAUUGUAAUGACAUAUAAACUUCUGCAUACUUUAAGAAGGCAUUUAGAGCUUUAACGAUCUCAUGCUGUCACUUACAGCAUCACAGGGUGCUCGGUUUUACUUAGUGUUUCUAUCAAUACAUUGUAAAUAGGCUUCGAGAGGCUUAUCAGAAUUUGGACCACAUGGGUGAUCGUCUUGAAUUCCUGAACUUCAAAACGAAAUGUAGCCAAAUCCUGAACCAAACAAAAUAUGCAAUGGACGAGCAUGUUCGUUUAGAUUUGUGAUUUCAAAUUCCACCCAUGGCACCAAAAAAAAAGGAUGACUGAUGAGAAGAUAGAUGAUUGAUGGCUAGAGGACAGUUACUAAAUGUUGAUUGUAUUCACAGAUCAAGUGAGAAGAAACUAAUAGAGGUAAGAAAAAAGGUAGAUUGCUAUAUUAUAUAUUUAAUAAACAUAUAAUAUGUACAUAUACAAAAAUAGAUUUUAUACAUAUCAGGUAGUAUUACUUUACAAAUUACUUGCCCCCAUGGCAACUCCAAGUGAAUGACCGAUCCAUACACCAACAGGGUGUUAUAGAAGCUUGUCAAGUAAGUGUGGCUUUGGUCUGGAACCCUAUUUAAACUUAGAACAGCUAAACUUUCAUUGCUCAGUUGUUCUGUGCUACUUACCUCUUAUUACCGGUGUCUCCUCUUUUCUAGAAUUCCUGAUUUACCUGACCUUGGCUUGCCUCACCAUUGUUGAACCUUUGCUGCCUGCAUAUUUGGCCAUUGGAUUGCCUGACAUUGAUUCUGCCUUUCCCAUAUUGGAUUUGUUUGCCUCAGACUUUUUGGUUUAUUUUUUCUGUGCCAGUACAAGUACUGCAUUUUGAGUUUCAUACGAUCACACCUGACACAAACAUACUAAAUUCUAAAAUCAUUCCACAUUGAAAUUGUAUUUUACUUAUUGUAAUUUGUAACCUUUGAAACCUGGAACUGAAAUCCAAGACAUAUGAUGUGACUUGUAGCUCAGGACAAAUAAGUGAAUUUGCUUUAAUUAGUUUUCUUAAACUGCACUAUUUAGGUACAUAUUAUUGCCAAAACUGUGAAAAACACAAUUUUUUUUGCAUUUCUGUUUAAAAAAAAAAAAAAUAUAUCAAAGGGACACUAUAGUCACCAAAACAACUUGAGCUUAAUUAAGCAAUUUUGGUGUACCGAUCAUACCCCUGCAAUCUCACUGCUUCAUGCUCUGCCAUUUAUGAGUUAAAUCACUUUGUUUACACAGCCCAGCCACACCUCCCUGUAUGUGACUUACACAGCCUUCCUAAACACUUCCUGUAAAGAGUGAUCUAAUGUUUAAACUUCCUUUAUUGUAAAUUAUGUUUAAUUUAGAAUUUCUUAUCUCAGGCUCUGUUAAUAGCUUGAAAGACCCUGCAGGAGCCCUCUAUGUGUAAUUAAAAUUGAUUUACAGAGCAGGAGACUUUCAUUAAGGAGAGCAAAAAAUGGGGCGCAAGAGUAUAGUGAGAAUGGACAGCAGCUGAAAUAGUGGGUCCCUGCUCAGGUCUCAACCUGGUUUUAGCUCAUCUUGUGACAUUACAGAGAGAACAUCUCUGAAACAUAUCAGACUGGUCCCACCUAUACAGGCAGUCCAGAUCCGAAAUGCCAGCAAGUUCCCUCUGCACGAGAGACACAGCAACCCUAGAUGAUCGUUUCAGCCUUGUUACGCAUCAUCAGUGAGGUAUAGCUGAAAUCUUUCUAGGCACCUUUUCAUUAAGGUUGUGUCAGUCACAGCCAGGGGAGAUGUGGCUAGUGAUGCAUAAACAGAAACAAAAGUGAUUAACUCCUAAUUGGCAGAGAAUGGAGCAGUUAAAGUUCAGAGGCAUUAUUUAUACACAAAAACUGCUUCAUUAAGCUAAAGUUGUUUUUAUGACGAUAGUGUCCCUUUAAAGGACCACUAUAGUGCCAGGAAAACAUACUCGUUUUCCUGGCACUAUAGUGCCCUGAGGGUGCCCCCACCCUCAGGGUCCCUCUCCCGCCCGGCUCUGGAAAGGGGAAAGGGUUUUAAUCUUACCUUUUUCCAGCGCUGGGCGGGGAGCUCUCCUCCUCCGAUCCUCCUCCGUUCCUCCUCCUGUGUAGAAUGCGCACGCGCGGCAAGAGCUGCGCGCGCAUUCAGCCUGUCGCAUAGGAAAGCAUUUACAAUGCUUUCCUAUGGACGCUUGCGUGCUCUCACUGUGAAAAUCACAGUGAGAAGCACGCAAGCGCCUCUAGUGGCUGUCAAUGAGACAGCCACUAGAGGAUUAGGGGGAAGGCUUAACCCAUUCAUAAACAUAGCAGUUUCUCUGAAACUGCUAUGUUUAUAAAAAAAAUGGGUUAACCCUAGAAGGACCUGGCACCCAGACCACUUCAUUAAGCUGAAGUGGUCUGGGUGCCUAGAGUGAUCCUUUAAACUUAUUUUUUAUUCUUCCAGGAGCAUAUUAUAACCUAAAAUGUCUACAUAUUUUUGCCAUUAUUGAAUAUGAACAGACAUUAAAGGGACACUAUGGGCACCCAGUCCUUUUUGUUUUAAUAAAGUGGUGUGGGUGUCAUGACCCCCUCUUGCAGAAUGGCAAUGUUUUCCUUGCAGGGUUUAAAUGCCUCUAGUGGUUGUCUUCCUGACAACCACUAGAGACACUUCUGUAGAAAAAGAUAAAUAGAAUUUGGCAAUUUCAAUCCGAUAGUCUAAUAAAGAACCUAUAAUUGGUGCAGCACAGUGUUUUUGCUGCACAUGCACAUUAGUCUCAUAAAGCUUACCGAUGGGAAAGUACUGUAUUAGCGGAGAUUAUUGAUCUUAACGAUCUCAGCCAAGAAGGCAUGCCAGCAGGACGGAGACAAGUGUGGGGAGGGUAUUAGAUGUUGAGUAAAUCUCACCUACCUUUGCUAGAUUAAAACUAUAGUGAUAGGAAUACACAUUUAUAUUCCUAAUGCAGUAGUGUAAUGUUUCUUUAAGUAGAAAUAUAAUGCACAGUCGGAUUUUUAGUUUUCAGUAUAUUGUUUUGGCAUACCUGCCUUAAAUAAUGUAUAUAUACCCCAUACCUUGUGUUUAUUUAAAUUAGAGCAUCUUUCUAUGCACGUUCAUAAAUGCUGAUGGGAAUUAUGCCUCUGCUGUUUCUUUCUGUUUUGCAGAAGGAAUAAUCUCAUGCUGAAUCAUGAUUAGUUAGUAUUCAGUUUACAGCACAAGAACAAGUACUAGUCACCAUAUUCCGUAGCAAUUACCUGCUAUUCACAUUUCUAGCUGAAGGGAAAUCAGUCAUAGAGUGCUGAUGGAUGUUAUGUAACAGCAUAUUGGUAUAUUCAUAUACAAUAUUCUACCUACAAUAAUAUUUCCACUGACAUUGGAACCAGGUUAACAGCAAAAAGCAUCAUACAUGUGAAAAUUCCAUUACCUGAAAAUUUUAUAACAUGGUUAGUGUCAUUAUAUAGUAUUUUUUUAGAAUUAAACAUUUGGAAAGCUAUUCAACUGUCUUAGUGUUGUACAUUGUGCUACCUACAAUGAAAUAGGGAGUCAGUGCACCUUAGUCCUACCUGUUAAACUUGUGCACGGAGACAAAAUUUGUCUCUACUGAACCAUUUUCCCUGAAAAUAUAAUAUAUUUUGGGACAUUCUGGCCAAUGGUGAUUCGGCUCAGCAAAAUUUCAGAACCGAGAUUCGGAUUUGGACAGCAAAUUAGGAAAAUAAAAAAAUGCACACAAAUAGGCCAAUCAGUGUGCUGCAAAAAAUAUAUACAUAAUAUGAUAUUAUGUAUACAGGGCCGGUGCAAGAAUUUCUGCCGCCCUAGGCAAAGAUCCAUUUUGCCGCCCCCUCAUGUCAAUCACUCACUGACAGACACACACACUCACAGACACUUACUGACAGACAUACACUCAUUCACUGACAGACUGACACACUCACAGUGAAGAUUUUUCGCACAGAGUGCCCAAAGGCCUAAGGCCGGCCUUGCGUGACUGUAACCAUUUCCCUUUUCUCUAAUGUAUCAUAGUCCACAUAUGUGGUAAUAGUGAAUCUGACUACAUGGGACAUAGAGCUGAGAUGGAACUUUAAAAAAAAUUAGGGACUACAUCCUCCUACUCUGACUUCAUACAUGAAGUCCUGCAUUAUUUUCUAUAAUCCUGAAGGUGAUGAUUAUCAGCUAGUUAAGUUCAUGUGUUAUUAGAUUGAGAUUCUUUUUUAGCAGAGCCUGUCAGUCCACUGGUGUCCCUCCACACUCCCUUCAAGGCUCACUUACCUGAUCUGUAGGCUGCCCCCUGUGCCUCACUUACCUAAUCUGUAAACUGCCACCUCCAUGCCUCACUUACCUAACCUGUAAGCUGCCCCCCAUGCCUCACUUACCUGAUCAGUAGGUUGCCCCCAUGCCUCACUUAACUGAUCUGUAGUCUGCCCCCCAUGCCUCACUUACCUAAUCUGUAGGCUGCCCUUCCAUGCCUCACUUACUUAAUCUGUAAACUGCCCCUCCAUGCCUCAUUUACCUGAUCUGUAGUCCGCCCCAUGCCUCACUUACCUGAUCUGUAGGCUGCCCCCCCAUGCCUCACUUACCUGAUCUGUAGGCUGCCCUCCCAUGCCUCACUUACCUGAUCUGUAGGCUGCCCUCCCAUGCCUCUGAUCUAUAGUCUGCCUCCCCCAUGCCUCACUUACCUAAUCUAUAGGCUGCUUCCCCCAUGCCUCGCUUACCUGACCUGUAGUCUGCUCCCCAUGCCUCACUUACCUGAUCUAUAGUCUGCCUCCCCCAUGCCUCACUUACCUAAUCUAUAGGCUGCUUCCCCCAUGCCUCGCUUACCUGAUCUGUAGUCUGCUCCCCAUGCCUCACUUACCUGAUCUAUAGUCUGCCUCCCCCCAUGCCUCACUUACUUAAUCUGUAGGCUGCCCCCCAUGCCUCACUUACCUGAUCUGUAGGCUGACCCUUCCCCAUACCUCACUUACCUGAUCUGUAGGCUGCCUCCCCACCCCUCUCUUACCUGAUCUGUAGGCUGCCUCCCCACCCCUCUCUUACCUGAUCUGUAGACUGCCACCUAUGCCACACUUACAUGACUUGUAAGCUGUCUCUGCAGUCUGGGAGUUGCUGGCUGCACUCUGUGCUGCUCCCCUGCAGAUUCAGUCAGGAGAGAGAAGCAGGGAUAAGAUGUAGCUUCCUAUCCCUGCCUUUUUCCUACUGGCCAAAGCCGGUAUUGCAGUGUAUUCUCAAUCUCAAAAAAAAAAAUACCAGCACAAUACCCCCUUGCCCCCUCCUGUGGACGUCCAUGCUCACACACAAAUUUUAUACUCAUGUUAUCUCACACACUCCAGCUCUCCCAAAGACAUUUUUAUAGGUCCUCCUGUCUUUGGGAGAGCUGGAGUGGAUCCAUUUCCUGUGGCCAAUGAGGAGCAACCCUGAUCCAAGUGUGAGGCAUGACUAUAGGGGUAGCGAAGGAGCUGUGGAGGUACACACAUACACAUAUUCCCACUAUCUAUAAAUCCAUUGACAAUUUCAAAUAGAAACAUUUGCAGUUAUUGCUUUAUUAUAUUUUUCAUUUCUAAAAAGGCCUUGAUUUCAUAUUUUUGAAUAACUUUUCCAAUGAAUUAAUAUUUUUGAUAAACUUCAAAUAAUUGUUAGAAAAUAUUAAAAUAAUAAAAAUAGAUCACAAAGAAAACAUUUAUCAAUAUGUAAAAAAAAUUAAAAUCUAAAAAAUAUUUUUCAAAAUAUUAAAUCAUUUGAAAUGUUUAUACAAAAAUAUUAAAGCAUUUUACAAGCUUAUCCAAAAAUAUUAAAUUAAGGCCAUAAUGAGAUGUAUGCAAAAUAUGUGUCUGUUGUUAAGUGUAAAGAAUCUUAUUAUGUGCAGUAGAUAAGACUCAAGAAAUAACAAAACUCAACUGUAUGGAGGCAACAAUUGUUAAAGAAUUAAUGAGGUCUCCAGCUAAGAUGAGGCUCAUAUAAUUUAAUUAAUGAGUAUCCUGGGAAAAAGGGUUACAACUAAAAUCAUAAUUUUCUAUGUAAAGAAGGACACCAGCUGAACAAAUUAGAAAUGUACAUCUGUAACUAAAAUUGCAUUAAAAAAAAAAAAAAAGUUAGAUUUUUUUUGUGUGUGUUAUUUAAAAGAAAGAAAUAUUAAAAUUUUAAGCUGGUAAUCAGACAAAAUGGAGAUUUAUUGUAAAUAUUUAGCUCUAUGCAUUUUGAUAUUGUGAUUAGUGGAAAUGUGCUGAUUAAUUUGUAUAUUUAAUAGUUUACUUGCCUGUGAUGUUUCCACCAGGGAAAUGACUGCUUUGUAAUCAUUACACGUAAAAGAGACUGAUAAUACACAACUGUACAUUUGGAUCUGCAUAUUUCUCUUAACAUAUUCAUGUUAGCUUUGCACUGUAUUGCAUGGCUUAAUUUACAGAAAAAUGUAUAUAAAAUAAAAGAAAAUGCACUUACUUCAACAUUUUUUCAAGGCUAUAACAAAUGUUACUAACCAAGCAGCAAGGCUCAAUGUUUUCAGUGUAAUCUGGAACAACCUCAAAAUGUAGGCUGGGAGGGCUCAGCGCAAGUAUGAAUACAUAUUGGCAGGAAAGUAACAAACACACUGAAAUUCAGGUGAAAAAGAUGUUGGAAAUCACAAGACUUCUUCUUGCAAUCACCAACUGUAGCCAGACUGCAACCACAGAGUGCAAUUGCAGUAUGGCUACGGUUGGUGAUUAAAUCAGCAGGCCAGAUAAAGAUGUAUGGCAUAUUUAGUCAAUUUUAUAUUUUAUAUUUUUUAUAGAUAACAUUUUCAAAUUCUGCUGACAUUUGGGCAAUCUGCUUUGCCAAGUACACCAUAAAAUCCCUUACAGAGAGGGCCUGCUCAUCCAUAGACCGCCUGGAGCCACAGCUCCAGGAGGCACUCUGACAGGGGCGGCAUUAUGCAGCCCCUGUCAUAAUCUAAAACAGGAUUUCCAAACCCUUGGCGGCGGUGCAGCGGUUUGGAACCUGUGUGAGGAUCCAUCGGGUGGCCCAUGACCUUAGGGCCACCCGAAGGACAUGUGCAAUGAGAGACCCGGUUGUGCGCUGCGGCGCUUUAACAGCGCAACCAGGUCCCUUCCUAUCAGCAUGGAGAGCUGGAAGGAAGUGACAGCAUAUCGCCAGCAGAAGCUAAGAACCUGCUGGGUGUGUCAUACAGUUGCACAGACACACUGAUACAAGUACAGAUAAACAGACACUGUAUCUUUGUAUUAUAUGAUAUAUUCAAUGUAUGCUUUUAAGAUAAGUGAUUUUUAAUAGGUUCACUUUAAAACACUUUAAACAAACAUACUUAAAUGCAUUAUAGCAUCAGUAGAAUCUGUUCAACCCUUGGGUUGCAGGUUUAGAUCCUGGCAGAGUUGACUCAGGUAGAUAAUAUUAGUACCAUUAAAUUGGGUAAUAGUAAUAACCUCUGGAUGUUGAGCUAAUGUAACAUCCCCAGGAUGUACUUGACAACCAGAGUAAUCCGAAUGUACCUUUCCUGGUAAAACACUUUAUUAUUAAAAAAAAAUUCACCUUGGAACAGCCUCAUCCACAAUCGUAACAGAUCAUUAUUUCAUAGUAAACAAUUGAAGUUUUUUUCAGAGUUUUUAUGUUGGCACCAAAAUUAAUUUCUUUUUCACACUUAGCAGAUGAACUUGAUACAGUGUUGCUUUAUGAAUCUCAGUGCAGCCUGUUUGCACACAUCUAGGUAACCGUGAGACAAUAUUAUUUCUGCAAGUACACAUUGCCAUGGGAAUUCGCAAGUUCCUGCAGCAAUACUGGGAGAGACAAAUGUAUCUGACAAGAAAACCUCUAACAAUUAAGUAAUCGUCAUAGGAAUUACAAGUUUAUGCCGUUUCUACUGGUUUCCUUAGCAACUACUUUACAAAUGCAAUACAAGAUAGCUCCCUAAUUUGCUAUCAUGUGUAUAUUACAAACGUUCUCUAUCUAUAUUGCGCAUAUCACACACAUUCUAUAUGCAUAUCAUCAUUCUAUAUGCAUGCAGCACAUACAUUCUACAUACAUGUAGUACAUACAUUCUAUAUACAUUGUAUAUGCAGCACAUCCAUCCUAUAUGCAUGCAGCAUUCUAUAUACAUUCUAUAUACAGCACAUACAUUCUCUUCUGAAUUGUCAGAUCGGAGGAAAUUCGAUUUGUCAUGGAACCAAUUGCACAAGUCUAGUCAAAAUAUGAAAGACUGAAAUAGUUUUGCAUCGUACGUGUAACCAUCCUUAUGGUAUGUAAUUCAGACUGGGUUUUUUGCCUUAUUUUGGAUCAACCGCAAAAACAUAUGUGAGGAAGGCUGAACUUGAUGGACGCAAGUCUCUUUUCAGCCUAAAAAUGAAUAUAGCAGUCUUUUCAAACUAUGUAUAUAUUAAAUGCAACCCUUCAAAUAUAGAUAUUUCAAUUGUUCUUCUAUAUGAUGUAGGUAAUAAAUGAAUAAAUUAAGUAAAUAAAUAUAUAUAAUCAAAUUAUUUGAAAAGUAAUCCAGCAUGGAAAUUAUGAUGUUUUUCUUAGUAUCACUAAUUACAUGUUUAAUUUAUAACUAAAAUUCAAGUUCAAUUAUAAAAAUAUUAAAAGCUAACAGAUCUUUCAUAUUUUUAUUAUAAAAAUGGCUGAUACAAGAAUAUAGUAAAAAAAAUAAAAAUACAAGAACACACUAUAUAAAUAUUUUUGGUUAAAGUAAUGUCUUCUGUUUACUUCUAGAUACCAGAUACACACAGGUCUUCAGCAUUCCAUAAUACGGCCUUCACAACCCAACUGCCUGCCAUUGGACAAUGUGACUCUACCUCAAAAGCUAAAGAAUGCUGGCUACGCAACGCACAUGGUUGGAAAAUGGCACCUAGGAUUUUACCGGAAGGAAUGUAUGCCUACGCAAAGGGGAUUUGAUUCUUUUUUUGGUUCACUUCUGGGCAGUGGAGAUUACUAUAAUCAUUACAAGUGCGACAGCCCUGGAAUAUGUGGAUAUGAUCUAUAUGAGAAUGAUAAUGCAGCUUGGGAACAUGACAAUGGUAUUUAUUCAACAGAAAUGUAUACUCAAAGAGUGCAACACAUCUUGGCCAUGCACAACCCUAAGAAACCAAUUUUCCUUUAUGUUGCUUAUCAAGCUGUUCAUUCUCCUUUGCAAGCUCCAGGAAAUUAUGUAGAUCACUAUAGGUCAAUAACCAAUGAAAACAGGAGACGAUAUGCUGCCAUGUUGUCAUGUUUGGAUGAUGCUGUUAAUAAUGUAACCAUUGCCUUAAAAAAGUAUGGCUUCUAUGAAAACAGUGUGAUCAUCUAUUCAUCAGAUAAUGGUGGGCAACCAAUGGCUGGAGGUAAUAAUUGGCCUUUACGUGGGAGCAAAGGCACAUAUUGGGAAGGAGGAAUACGUGCUGUCGGUUUUGUACAUAGCCCCUUUUUGAGAAACAAAGGCUAUGUGUGUAGGGAACUGAUACACAUAACAGAUUGGUUCCCAACCUUGGUCACAUUAGCUGAAGGAGAAAUUGAUGAAGGCAUCCACCUGGAUGGUUAUGACAUAUGGGAGACUAUAAGUGAAGGAAAGCGUUCCCCAAGAGUGGACAUCCUGCAUAACAUUGACCCUAUGUACACCAAGGCAAGAAAUGGUUCCUGGGCAGCUGGUUUUGGUAUUUGGAAUACAGCAAUCCAGUCAGCAAUUAGAACCAAAGAUUGGAAAUUACUUACAGGAAACCCUGGUUAUGGAGACUGGAUUCCUCCUCAAAGUUUUAUUAAUAUGGGACCAAACCGUUUCCACAAUGAGCGGGUGACUUUAUAUAAUGGAAAAUCCAUAUGGCUUUUUAAUAUAACAGCUGAUCCAUACGAAAGAUUUGAUUUGUCUGACAAAUAUCCAGAUAUUGUAAAGCAGCUGUUAAGAAGACUUGCACAGUAUAAUAAAACUGCUGUUCCAGUGAGAUACCCACCAAAAGAUCCAAGAAGCAACCCAAAGCUAAAUGGAGGAGUUUGGGGUCCAUGGUACAAAGACAAGAAAAAGAAGUCAAAUACAAAGAAAUCUAAGAACAAGUCCAAAAAGAAACCCAAGCAUCGGAAACAACAAUAUUCCGGCUGCCGCCCACCACCAACCGAUUCAUAAUGGACAAACUUGUGUCAGGCAAUACUGUGUUUAAAUAACUUAUGCGACAUUUGUAGAAGUCUAAUGGCAACCCAAUGCAAUCAUUUUCCAGUGUAACAUUGCAAAUAGGGGUUUCACAAAGAUACCACUGUCAUAACAAGCACAAUGAUAAUUAGGUCAAGAUAUCAUUGUUGAUAGUUAAUCAAUUGUUUCUACACCAUUAUUUGCCUGUUGUGCAUUAUGCUUCAAUACACAUAGUGAUCUAUUUGUCAAGGGAAAUCUAGAACACAUCUAGAACACAUCGUGGGUUAAUUAUUAAAUCUGAGCAAUCGGGUGUGUGAUCAAAAAAGAAACACAUUGCUCAUUAUUUGUCUUGAAAUACUUUUUGAAAACACACUCAGUCAUGUUAAAUUGUGGAAAUAAACCACAGAUAUUGCACAAAGGCAACUGACAAUUUCUAAACCAUUUUUUCUGUACGUUAGCUAAUCUGUGACUACACUUUGCAGAGUAGUUUCAUUUACCAAAUGUGACUUUAUAUUUAAACGGAAAACACAGUGUAUUAGCUGAUAGUAAUAGUUUGUUCAUGUUUAUAUCCAUCCAAUAUUUAAGACAAACACAAUUUCAAUGUGCAAUACCUGGCAACUCAGUGUAGAGGAUAAGACAUUUUAUGUAGUCACAAUACAUAUUAGUAAGUCAUUUCAAUGUAGUUCUGACACUGUAUAUGAAAAUUGCACUAUAUUGUUACUCCUUUUGUAAAACAAAAUUUAAAAAGUGAUUUUAGGGAUUUCUUUAAAAUUGAACCUAUUUUAUCUUAAUAUGAACUGUCCUGUACUGGUGCAAAAGGGAUGUGUGGAAGUGAGACACUGUUAUUGCUUAGUAAUAUAAAAAUAAAAUAGUUUUUCCUAAAGCCCUCUUUACAAAAUAUAUGUUUUCAAAGAAAUGCUACAAACAUCAUAACCACUAUGGCCCUCUGUAGUGGUUAUUGUGCCAGGAGAGCCCUUGUUGCCAUGCCAGAGCUAGUAGUCAAACCAUUUCAGAUUAGUUUGACAAGUUACCUGGCAUCUACCAGGUGACUGUUCCUGUAGUCAUUAGCUUAACUGCGUUACUCUUCAGUUGUCAGCUUCACUGGGCAGGGCCUGCUCUUUGGUCGGUCUUUCAGUUGUAAGGAAAAUGGAGGUCCAUCUCCCAGAAAUGCAUGUCUCCUCUGAGCUGCCUUCGGUGUAACCCUUUCAACAAACAAGCUCUGUAAGAACCUGCCUAGCCUGGGUUGACUUUGUAUGCAGCCCAUCAAUCAAUAACGCAGCCAAUGAGCACCUGUGCAAAGUUUGCCAUCUUACCUGGUCAUGCCAUCUUGCUGGCUGGAAUGCCAAUACUGCUGGAGGCCGAUUCUGUCAGUCAUUCACUGGCUGAGAGCCUCAUCUAGCCACUCUCAACCAAUGAAUGAAACUCUGUGCAUAUAAAUAUACACACAAUUGACAUUAGCCAGACCAGAACACGUGUUUUGGAUUGGUUAAUGAUGCCCCAAUAAUGCUGCCAGCAAUAGGUUUAAACUCUGUAUAUGCAGAGUUUCAUUGUGAAACACUGCAAAUACAGAUUUCAGGCAGCAGGAUUACUUCAAAUCACUGAAGUGAUCAUGGUGCUUUUAGUAACCCUUUAAGGACUUGAGCUAGUGGUGGAGACAGGCACACGUUCAUAUCCACUUGAUACAUUUUAAUCACGGCCAGUUAUCAAAGCUUAAAAAAAUUGGACGGGCAUUAUAAAUCAGCUCAUGCAAGCAGUUUACUUACUGCAAAUUUCUUCGAAUUGCCAUUUUUCUUUUUAACCCAAGCAGAUAGAACUACAAAAGACAUCAAUUAUAUUUACAAAAAUAACAAUAAAAAGUUCCCCAAACAAAUUACCUCAAAAUGUGAUACAAAAAGUGAACACUUAACACAAAAUGUCAGGUUGCUUUUCCCAGUCCUGAUAAAGUUCAAUUAUUUUUAAUGUGUUCAAGCAGUGGUGUCUCACAAGUCUGCCGAUUACAUGGUGUUCUAGGGAAAUUAGAAUCUGAAACAAAUAGCCAUGUUCGAUGGUUACACCUUACCUGCACAGAUAGUGAUGUGGAUUUGGAUUGAGCUUUUGAAUAUAUAGCAGUACAUUAUCUGCAUACACUACUGUUAUCUGUUUCAUAUAAAAAGGGUUAUAUACAGGGUUACAUACAGAUAGAAUAUGGAGAUAGAACGCAGAGAAUCUCAUUGCAUUGAUUUUACUGGGAUAUUCCCUUUCUGUCCGAUGUCUAAGUUUGCAUUCUUAUGACUUGAGUUUCCAGGCCUCUAGGCCUGUUCAUUCACAUAUAACAGAAACCACAUGUUUCCUAUUAUAUUCAUAAGGGUACAGAAAGCAUUUACGUUUCAAGCAGUGCCAAAAUAAAUGUCAUAUGCAACAUGUAGAGAGAGAACACUAUAAAUCAUAUUUUUUUCCGCAUCAGCUGUUGUUAAAUAAUAAUCUUUCCGCAUUGGAGCAAAUUUUGUAUUUUCCAGAGGAUGUUUAUAGUGCAGAUGAGACUUUUAAAGAUAUAGAGGGGUAAAAGGAAAUGAAAUGUAUAUUUUUGAAUACACGUUUUAUAGAACGUACACUAGAUUUUGUUCCCCAGGUAGGAAAGUAAUAAACAGGGAUGCUUGAGCACAAAGGAAAGUUCUUUUAUAGCUCUUUUACCUACUGGAGAUUGGCAUUAACAUCAAAUGGGUCAUCUAGGAAGUGCCCCCAAAAUACCAGUUUGUUGUGUUUCCAAGUAUGAAACAUGGCUCAUGUUUAAUUAAUAUGUAAGGGUACAUUCUAAGCAGUCAACUUGGAGGUUAAUGAUCAGGUGCAUCGAUUCUCCAUGUUAAUCGGUGUUUCAAAUUAUCAACAUUUUCCGUUUUAUAUAUAUAUAUAUAUUUCGUUUGCUCCCAGUAGUCAUCUUAAGGAAUGCUGGUUGGAUUAGCUUUAAUAUUGUUCAUGAUAUACCAAAUAGUAGCCUUGUCCACCCUGCCUAGACAUGGUAUCUAGUAUUCUAACCAUCUGAAAUUUUGAAUAAUGGACAGUGAUGGUUACCAUUGCAUCUAAAUAGAACACAAAUGUUGCCAUUUUUAUAAAAGAAAAACAGUGGGGAGGAAUUAUUUGUACUGUAAAUGUAUUAUUUAUGUACAUCUUAAAUGGAUUUAUUUUUCUUGAUUAUUAAAUUGGUG